AUGAAACUGGAGGCUGUCGUGGAGCAGCUGCAAAAGCAGAAGCAGCAGCAACAGCAAGCAGCCCCUCUGCAGAUGGAUUCCAGGGAGAGGCAACAGAGGCAGAUGAGGGAAUCCCAGCUGCAUUAUGCCCAGCAGCUGACGGUGCAGCAAGCUGCUCUUGGUGCCACAUCUGGAAAGGCUCCAGGUGGCCCCCUCCUUGGUCCUUCUGCCCGAGUCCCACCUGUGCUUGGGGCUGCCCAGACGUUUGAUCAGAGCAGUAUGAACUCGGAGGAGGAGGAGGAAGAAGAAGAAGAGGAGGAAGAGGAGGGAGGAGAAGAAGAUUUGGAAGAUGGUGACCUUGAGGAUGAUGCACCAAGAACUGGGAAAGAGUCAUGUUCCGCUUUGAAGUAUUUUCAUGCUUCCAAAGUUGCCCCCCACAACCAAAGAGUGGCUUCUUCCUCGAAUCCUCUGCCUAUUCUAGGGGGGCAGCGGGGACAGCAGGGAAAGGAUGAGCAGGGUAAUGAGUCUGCCAACCCUCCAUAUUGUGGUUCAUCAUCUGGAAGGCAGGCCUGGAGGCUGGAUGAGCAGCUCAAGCAGGUCAGUAAUAGUGGUUGUUACCCCUGCCACCCGGGUUGACUGUUGGUGGUCCUGGAAGCAGGCACUUCCCUUGAGGGAUUCCGUUGGUGCAGCCUUUGCCAACCUGGUGCCCUACAGAUAUUUUGGACUGCAAUUUCCAUCAGCUGGUCAGGGCUGAUGGGAGUGGUAGUCUAAAAGCAUCUGCAGGUAGUAGGUCGGCAGAAAGCUGUGUUAGAGCUUGCCAAAUGACUGUCUUGGGCAGAUCAAGUAUCAAUCAAUUAAAUCUUUAUUACGGUCAUAGACCAGCAUAAGGGCAGAUCAAGUAGUUUACCUGCCUAUAAAAUAAUAGGAAAGACUGCAGCACUGUGGUGAAGGCUAUUGCAGUCCAAUCCCUUGAGAAAUGUUAGUUCUGAAAAGGGGGAAAGGUAAAUCAUAGAAUUGUAGAGUUGGAAGGGACCCCUGACGGUUCAUCUAGUCCAACCCCCUGCAAUGCAGGAAUCUCAACUAAAGCAUCCAGGACACAUGACCCUCCAACCUAUGUUUAAAAACCUCCACCUUUCAUGGGAGUCUGUCAAAGUGCUCUUGCUGUCAGUUCUUUCUGACAUUUAGUUGGAAUCUCCUUUCUUGAAUCCAUUGGUUUAGGUCCUUGCCUCCAGAGCAGGAGAAAACAAGCCUGCCCCAUCUGCCAUGUGACAGCCCCCUAGCCAUUUGAAGAUGGCCACCAUGUCUCCUCUCAGUCUCCUUCCUCCCAGGCCAAGCGCAUCCAACUCCCUCAACCAUUCCCCACAAGACCCUUUCUCAUCCUGGUCACCCUCCUCUGCAUAUUGCAGCUUCUCAAUAUCCUUCUUAAAUUGUGCACCAAAACUGGAUACAGUAUUCCAGAUGUGGUCUGGCCAAGGCAGAAUAGAGUGGUACUAUAACUUCCCAUUAACCUAGACAUUAUACUUCGAUUGAUGAAGCCUAGAAUAUCAUUAGCUUUUUUUGCUGCUGCUGCAUCACAUUGUUGACUCGUGUUAAGCUUGUGGUCUACUAAGACCCUUAGAUCCUUUUCACAUCUACUACUAGCAAUCCAGGUGUCCCCCGACUUAUAUUUGUGCAGCUGGUACCUGUGGGCUGUCAAGCCAACCCCUUUGUAGCUUUUUUCAAAAACAGAAGGGAAGCCUUUUGCUUUUUGCAGCUCCUGCCUGCCACUGUGGGCCCAGGAAGGGAAGGUGAAGUGCAUGGCAGGAAUGUGGCGAACCCUCUGAGCACACCUUGGGAAGUCUCCCCAGCUCCCUUAACAGUUUCCAUUUGCAGCUGAUGCUGGCAGCUUUGGUAUUGUUGGCUGGAGAGUAAUGGGCACUCUAUACUGCUAUGUGUGACUCUUCUGUGGUCAAAGAGCUUUUUGGGUGUUGCAAUUCAAAUCAUGCAGUGUGAUGCAACUGGCAGAAGUUCAGCCAGCCUGCUGAGUCAAUUGUAAAUUGGUCUCUAGGUGUUCAUGAACCAUCUUGCAUGGGGGUUGGCUGACCUUUAGUUGCACAUCCUCUUUGCUUGUUGCUGAGGAGUGAUUACUCUAAAUGGUUCUAGAGAAUUAGCACGUUGGUAUUUUACAGCAAGUACAAAAGACGCGGGUGGCGCUGUGGGUUAAACCACAGAGCCUAGGACUUGCCGAUCAGAAGGUCGGCGGUUCGAAUCCCCGCAACAGGGUGAGCUCCCGUUUCUCAGUCCCUGCUCCUGCCAACCUAGCAGUUCGAAAGCACAUUAAAGUGCAAGUAGAUAAAUAGGUACUGCUCCAGCGGGAAGGUAAACGGUGUUUCCGUGCACUGCUCCGGUUCUCCAGAAGUGGCUUAGUCAUGCUAGCCACAUGACCCGGAAGCUGUACGCCGGCUCCCUGGGCCAAUAAAGCGAGAUGAGUGCCACAACCCCAGAGUCAGUCACGACUGGACCUAAUGGUCAGGGAUCCCUUUACUUUUAUCUUACAAAAGAAAAAAGGAAAAAAUCCUGUGGUACCUUAAAAUUGAGCAGUUUUGCAGUAGCAUCAGUGUUUGUGAAGUAUAGUCUAUUUCUUGCUCCUGAUGAAAUGUCAUCCUCAGGUGAGAGAGAGAGAUGACAGAAGUGUGUGUGUGUACACACACACACACACACACACACAGAGAGAGAGAGAGAGAGAGAUCUGUGUACCCAUGUGGGAAGAAAACACAAUAAAGGUCAUAGCAUGCAAUAGGUUCAACUUCUGCCAUUUCUGUGCAUGGAUGAAAUGUAUACAGAUUAGUCCCAUGACCAUUCACAACGGCAGUAACUGGUGUUGCAGUGAGCACAUCUGCAAAAGGAGCAAGGGGAGUGUCAGUCAGGUGGUGGCAAGCCGUCUGGCAAAUGAUCAUUGGCCCUCCACAGAUAAACUGCACAGCUCAGUUGAGCUUUUGAUGUAUAGAAAUCCUACUGGACAAUUACCCUCUGCCAUAUCACAACCUGCUCGAUAUAAGCUGACCCUGACAGAGGUGUGCAAUCUGUGUCAUUGUAAAUAGUGUGAUGUGAAUUCUGUCAUGCUAUGUGAAGGUGCUGUGCUGGCUGUUCAAUGUGAGCAGUCCCUAAAUAAUUCCAGAAAUUCCUGGCCUUUAAUGUUAUAAAUAGCCAAUGGUGAAGGGAGUGCUGGGUGCCAACAGUUUGCAUUCCUGUUUGUUUACUUAGAACAAUAGAAUUGUAGAGUUGGAAGAGACCCCGGGGGUAAUCUAGUACAACCCCCUGUAAUGCAGGAAUCUCAAUACGCUGUUCCCCAUCCAAUUUGAAACCAUACUGGACCCUGCUUAGCUUUGUAAUUGGGCUAGCAGUUUUACUGCUUCACCACUAGGUGUUUGUUUGUUUGUUUGUUUGUGUGUUUGUUUGCUUUAUUUUAGGAUUUUUAUUCUGGCAUUUUACUUUACAGAGUUUUCAUAUUUAGUUAAAAACAAUACAUACCUUUAAAAUAAAAACAUUCUAAACAAUAAAAUAGCAUAUAUUAGGCAAACUGAAAACUAGGGAGAGUGUCACAUUAGUAACAAACAAAAAUGAAAAGGUCUUCAGCCUACAUUGGAUGGUCCAGAGAGGGGGCUAAGCAAAUUUAACAGAAUUGUUGAAUUGUAGAGUUGGAUGGGGUCCUCAGGGGUCAUCUAGUCCAACUCUCUGCAAUGUGGGAAUUACAGCUAAAGAGUCCUUGACAGGACCAGCCAACCUCUGUUUGAAAACCUCCAACAAAUGAGAGCCCAUCACCUUCUGAGGGAGUCCGUUCUACUGUUGAGCAGCUCCUACAGCCAGCAAGUUCUUCCUAAUCUUUAGUCGGCAUCUCCUUUCUUGUCAUUGAAUAGUUUGGUUCUCCCAUCUGGAGCAGGAGAAAACAAGCUUGCUUCAUCUUCCGUGGGACAACCCUCUAACUAGUUGAACAUACCACCUUAGUCUCCUCUUCUCCAGGUGAAGCAUGUAGCCUCAUGAGACGUGGUUUCUAGCCACAUCUGGAAACCACAUCUGGGCAUUGUACUCAAGUAGGCCUUUCCCUGUGUGCCCACCAGCUGUGCUUCUGAUGAUGGCAGGAUACACAGAAGGAUCUCUCUCACUGACUUCAGUGGACAGCUGGUGUGUAUGGGGAAAGCUGGUUCUCUUCCGUUUCCUAAGCCCACCUUGCUUAAGACUUUAAUGGACAUACUGAGCAGUUUCAGCUGUGCUUGGAAAUAGACCCACAGGUCGUGCAACAUGCUUCAAGGCCUGGGUUUGGUCAGCACUUUUCACAGCUAUAACCGAAGUUCCUGAGUGGCCUCCCAAAUCAGCCCACGUGGAGUUUGUUACCAGUCAUCCAGCCUUGAUGACUUGCAGCGGUUCUCAACCUGUGGGUCCCCAGAUGUUGUUGGACUACAACUCCCAUCAUCCCUGACCACUGGUCAUGUUGGCUAGGAAUGAUGGAAGUUGUAGUCCAACAACAUCUGGGGACCCACAGGUUGAGAAACACUGAAAAGGCAUGUGUCGCAAGGAGGACAGUGUUACAAGCCAGGACUGGUCAGCCUACGGUACUCCACCUGCUGUUGGGACUCCCUUUCCCAGCAGCCCCAGCCAUCAUGGCUACGCAUCAGGGAAAAUGGGGGUUAUCUGCCCAUAGCUGAAGGAGCCACAGGCUACCCACCCUGUUUCAGGCUAUGGUGGGCAGUCGCUCCAGAGCAUUCAUGGCCACAUGAUAUAGUGAUGGCUACUAGCUUAGUUGGCUUUGAAAGAAGGCUAGGUAAAUUCGCAGGAAACAUCUGUCUUUGACUGUUGGUCAUAGAUCGUCAGGGACGCAGGUGGCGCUGUGGGUUAAACCACAGAGCCUAGGACUUGCCGAUCAGAAGGUCGGUGGUUCGAAUCCCCGCCAUGGGGUGAGCUCCUGUUGCUCUGUCCCUGCUCCUGCCAACCUAGCAGUUCGAAAGCACGUCAAAGUGCAAGUAGAUAAAUAGGUACCGCUCCGGUGGGAAGGUAAAAGGCGUUUCCGUGUGCUGCUCUGGUUUGCCAGAAGCAGCUUAGUCAUGCUGGCCGCAUGACCUGGAAGCUGUACGCCGGCUCCCUUGGCCAGUAAAGCGAGAUGAGCGCCACAACCCCAGAGUCGGUCACGACUGGACCUAAUGGUCAGGGGCCCCUUUACCUUUACCUUUACCAUAGAUCGUCAUAUGUAAACUCCAGGUUGAUUUAGAAGUUGAUCAGGAGGCAAAGACGAGGGCUUUUGCCAUCAUACCCUGCUUAUUGGCUUCCUUAAGGUGGACCAGCUCCCCUCACCCCAUACCCUUGGCAGAGCCUAAUGAGAUUGUAGUCCCACAACAUCAAAUGCUUACCCUUGUGCAGGUGGAAGAAAUGGAAUCAUUUGAUCUCUCUUGGUAAUGUUCUUCUGUCAGAUAGUUAACAAGUUCUCCUUAAAUGGUGUUUUACAUUGACCAGUACAUAUGUUUGAUCUAAAAAUGGCUCUCUGCUGCAUUAACUUCACUUGAAAUUGACACUCUGAACCAAAAUGUGUUUUUGGCAUGAUGCCACUUUCCCCGUUCUUCAACCUCAUUUUAAAACUCGAGCUCCGUCCCACUGUAGCUAGUCCUGUUUUCAGUUGCUAAAUACUAUUGGAAGGCAGGCAGGUGGUGAUGCCUGGCUGCUUGGAGUUCCAUUCAGCCUCCCACAGUCAAGUAAAUAAUUGUAGAGCACCCUUGCAGACAAAAGAGCUGGCUCAGCUUAUGAGACAGGGGCGGGGAGAAUCUUGUCAGCACAAAAUGAGGAGGGAAGGGUUGGCCGCUUGUCAAGGGACUGGCAAAUCCCCAAAGGAAAGCAGAGGGAGCCAUUUCGGCUUUUUAUCUCCCCUAAGCUUCCCGGAUCCAUCUGGGCUCAGUCGGCUACAGUAGGAUGGUUAUUAUGGCCGGCUGCAAUUGAGCAGAGGAGAAAUGAAAACUUUGCAGGGGAAGGAUGUUCCUUGCAGAGGUGUGGGCCCCUCUCCAGUUGUAGGCAUAGCUGAAUACUUUCUCAGGUUACCAGGGAGAAGAAGAAGUGCAGAGAGAAUUGCAUCAAGUUCUGUUCACUUGGGGUAACAUUUCACAGCAAGUUACAUAACUCUUCCACUGCAUGUUUAAAAUGCUUGUGUUUACAUUUAUAUGACUUUGUUGCAUAGAAACAGUGGCACAGAUUUUCAAGCAGAUAAGUUUAUCUUAAUAUGUGUACACUUGUGGAUGUUUGAGUUCUCCAUCAGAUCCAUUUAAGAUGUGUCAGAUUGAGGUCAAAAGUGAAGAAACAGUCUUGAAGUCCGGAAUCUGAAUGUGGUAUGGUAUGGGUUUAUUAUUAUUUUAAGCCUUGCACAUGCAGCGCAAUGCUUAGUUUAGAUGCUGAUGAUGAAUUUGGAAUCUGAAACAUCUCUGCCAUGAACAUAAAAUCUCCGAAUGCUCUCACACACAAAUUUAUGGCUGGAGGAGAAAAUGUGAUGUUCCUAGGACAGUGUUCAAAAUAGUCAUGUCCAUGCAUUGAAAUUUGUUAUUUAUUUUCUCUUGAUGUCCCAGGUCCAUUUGUUUAGAUAAUAUGAAUUUUAGUCUGCUUGGGACAGAAACUGCUGUCUUGUUUGUUGCACUCUUUGCAAAGUUCUGUCACUGUAUAGUGACUAAAACAUCUAGAAUGUAGCUAAGCAGGCAGAAGCAAGGUUGAUUCUGAGUGACUGGGGCCAUUCGUGUCUCUGGGACAGGACACCUGCAUCUAUCCCAGUGGCCAGUAUUAAGGAUGGACAGCAAGUCUAGCCUUCAUUGCAACCAGGGCUUCUUUUCAGCCGGAACUUGCUGGAACUCAGUUCCGGCACCUCUCAGGGGGCUCCUUUGCUAUUCUAGGAGAACAAGGAAGGUGUCCAUGGUGAGUUCCGGCACCUCUUUUUCUAGAAGAAUAGCACAGAUUGUAACCAAGAAUGCCAUUAGGUGUGGAGAUGCGCAGCAACUAUUUACUUAGUUGAGAGAAAAUAAUAGAGGUGGUGGUACUUGGAGCACUGCUGGGGUAGAGGCAAGUGCCCUGUCCCAGAGACAUGAGUGGUCCCAGUCCCUGAAAAUCAACCUUGCUUCUGUCUUCUGAGCUACAUCCUAGAUUCAGUUUUGUAGCGGUUGCUGUGGAAAGUGAGGGAUGUGUGUGCAAAGAUGUGUGAUCAAGCCGGUGUCUGGAUGCAGUAGUGGGAUGGAUAAGGUCUAAUAAACGACGUCUGGAUCCUAGCAGGAUGGACACUGUGUCAGUGAGUGGUUCCCAGGUCUAGGAAGUAAUUCAGACGCCUGUGCUGGACGGGGUUGCUCUCUCCCUGAAGGAGUAAGUGCGUAGUUAAGAGGUGCUCCUGGAUCCAGCUCUGUUGCUGAAUGCCCAGGCGUUCUUGGUGGCUAGGAGUGCCUUUUACGGCCUUCAAUUGGUAAGAUCACUAUGGUCAGUCUUGGAUUGGGUUAGCUUGAGCACAGUUGUCCAUGCAUUGCUAACCUCUUGGUUGGAUUACUACAAUGCACCAUGUGUGGGGCUUAGUUGGAAGGUGCAGCUAGUGCAAAACCAAAUGACUAGGUUGCUGGGGCGGGUAGCAAAAUAACCUCAGCCUGCUUGCAGGAUUUGUGCUGGUUGCUAAUCCGCUACUGGGCAAAGUUCAAAGUGCUUGUACCAAUAUAUUGGUACCCUUUGUUGGUACCCUUUACAGCUCAGGACCAGGUUACUUGAGAAACUGCCUUAUCCCUUAAAUGCUCAGGGGAUAGUUGCAGUCUGUAGGACAGUUUCUCCUGCAAGUUCCAAAGAUUUCAGAAUCCUGCUCCAUAGUAACCUGGAGCAGGGCUUUUCUGUGGAAUAGUAUUCCUGUCAGAAUAAGACAGUCACCCACUGUCUGCAAUUUCCAGAAACAAUUGGAGACAUUUUUGUUCCAGCUGGUUAAAUGGGUCUUUGCCACGAGUGUCUAGUUUGUAUGGUUUUAUCAUAGGUGUGUAAUAUGAUAUGUGUAGCAUCUGGGAGGGACUUAGUCAGCCUGCAGGCUUCAUUUUGAAAAUGAGUCUCUUAAGCUGAGCUCAUGGUUACAGCGUAAACCUAGUAUUUGUUGCCCCCACUGCUGACCUGCCCACUCUGGGUAACUUGUGUGUUGAAGAGUUCUGGAGAACUAAGCAGCUUGCCACACUUUUGUGACAUUUUGGUUGGUCCCAACUGAGGCGUUGCCUAACCAUGGAUUUUAAAGUUGUUAAGGAAGUCUAACGAAAGAGUCAACUGGUCAACUACACAUGCAAAAUUUAGUGUAUUUCCUUUUUUGUCACACUUAACCUUGAUUGGUUUCAUGUUUCUCAGGCAUUUAGAAAGCCACAGGAGCUUUCACACCACUUGCUGGUGGGGGGGGGGGGGAGUAGGAUUUCCCAGCUCUUAUUAUUAUACUUAUUUCUUUAUCUUCUGCCUUUGCGCCAGACUCAAGGCAGCUCAUGCAACGUAUAACAGGCAAUAGAAGGUGUACAUCGGGGGGCGGUGUCUGUGUGGGAGAGAUAAUUACUGCAGCAUUCUUCUUUGCUAGUGCUUAAGAGCUUCCAGCACAGUAUAGUAAACCUGAUCUUAUCAUAGUGUUGUACUACAACAGUUUUUCUUUUUAACAGCAUCUGGUUCACUUCCGAGGGCUCCUCUCUCCACCCACAGAAAGAAUUUCUGCUGCUUCCCCAGUAAUCUUCAAAUACCCCCACCACCACCUCUCUCACUUCUGUGUGUGUGUGUGUGGCAAAGCUGGUGGGCAAAACCAGAACAGAUCCUUGGUCAACCUUUCCUUGUCUCAAAAGGAGUGCUUAUUCCUGAAGAAACCACCACUUUAGAUAUUCAAGCCUUGCUAUUUUCUAAAUAAAUAGAAUAGACAAGGGCGGGAGGGGGUUACAAAUCAAAGAGGACUAAAAUAAUGAAGAUGGUUAGUCUGGGAUUUGAAGAGCCAUUGUCAGAUAUGGCUGAACCUCUUAAUUUUCACGGCAUUCACAUUUUCAAAUGGUCCUACAUUCACUGCUGCUCCCAUAACCUCUCAGUGGUAAGAACAAUUCUCACAAAUUCAGGCUGAUGAUUGGAGAAGGCUUUGGCCUUUCCCUGCCUGAGAUUCUGCUUCAGCCAUUGUGAUUUGUACUUGAGGGCCUUGAGACUGGGCUACAGCAGCAAAAAAAGCUAAUGCUGUUCUAGGCUGCAUCAACAGAAGUAUAAUGUCCAGAUCAAGGGAAGUAAUAGUACCACUCUAUUCUUCCUUGGUCAGACCCCACCUGGAAUACUGUGUCCAAUUCUGGGCACCACAAUUUAAGAAGGAUGUUGACAAACUGGAACGGGUGCAGAGGAGGGCAACCAAGAGGACCAAGGGUCUGGAAACCAAGCCUUACGAGGAAUGGUUGAAGGAGCUGGGUAUGUUUAGCCUGGAAAAGAGGAGACUGAGAGGAGGUAUGAUAACCAUCUUCAAAUAUAUCAAGGGUUGCCUGUCACAUGGAAGUGGGAACAACUUUGUUUUCUCCUUCUCUGGAGGGUAGGACUCAAACCAAUGGCUUCAAGUUACAAUAAAGGAGAUUCCAACUAAACAUCAGGAAGAACUUUCUGACAGAGCUGUUUGACAGUGGAACGGUCUCCCUCAGGAGGUUGUGGACUCUUCUCCCUUGGAGGUUUUUAAGCAGAGGUUGGGUUGCCAUCUAUCAUAGAUGCUUUAGUUGAGAUUCCUGCAUUGCAGGGGGUUGAACUAGAUGACUCAUGGGUCCCUUCCAACUCUACAAUUCUAUGAUUCUAAGACUAGUCACAAGUUGUUCCUAAAUGCCAUGGCACUUUUUUGACAGGGUGAAACGCAUCACAGCAACUUAAGCAACUGCAGGGGAUGUUUGCAGCCUUUCUGCUCUUAAGUUUGUUUCUGACAUUUAUAUCCCUAAAUAGCUUGGGUGCUGCAUAUAGCAAUAUCAGAUGCCUUUGUAGACAUUGCUUUGAGCUCUUGGAGUGAUUUUAUAAGAAUCUAGUGCACAAAUAUCUGAAAUUACUUCCCUCUCUGAAAGAUUGGGCCCAGAUAUGAUUGUAAUAGAAACACUCAAAGGGCACAGUCCACUGGAAGUUUUCCUGUGUGGGUGCUGUUGGUAAAGGCUUAGCAGUGCUGGAAUCCUUUUUCCAUGGCCUGGAGGUGCUGCAAAACCAUUGCUCUUUGGGCUGGCAUUUGGUGGCUGAAGCUAAGCCAGUCUGGAGUUUGUCAGUUCAGCCUUAUAUUUAGGUUUUGGUGCAGUUUUUAUUUGGAUGACGUGCUUUAGAUUUUUAUCUUUUUCUUUUAGUUUUGUUUUCAGGUGGUUGUGACCCCCCCCCCCUUUAGGCUGGGGCAGGAUAUAAAGUCUCACAGAUAAAAUUAACUGCAUGUAUAAUAAAUAAAAGGAACCAAAGUGUUCUGUGGAGUGGGUGCAUGGAAGAAAGCUGUUCUGGGAAGCACCAACAGAGAAAUGGAACCAAGGGCGGCUGCCCAUUUGACAGCAGUUGUUGAAAGAGUUGCACAGUAUUAGGCAAAACGUUUUUGUCUUAUGCUUCAGUUUUCUGUUGCACCAGUUUUUAUAAGGUUUGCAGCAGCAAAUAUUGCAAUAACGGUAAUAAAUACCUCUGAUAGUCCUUGGCAUGUUCCUCCAGAAUGAAGGUGUCAUGGGACUUUGAUGUGAGAGAUCUUAAGUGCUGCUACAUCCCCUGCCAAAAGGCAGCCUUUUGAAGACUAGAGUUCUGCAUAGGCAGGGCCCAUGGUGCAUAAAUGAAAGAAAUGGUUCAUCCUUUUGGUGGGAAAAGCUGCCCCAUGGGAGGGGCCCCCCAACCGUUUACAAGUUUGGCUUCUGAAGAAAUAGAAAUGGAGAAGUGUCGUCGUGUCAGGAAUUUCCACUUCAGUCUUUGAGGAAAGGGUUAAGUGGCUUUGGGGAUGGGCAGUACUAGGGAAACUGAAAUUGUUUUGGACAUCUGAAUUCCACUCUAAUAAGAUGUCCCAGGUGGCUGGGGAGUAAUCCUAAAAUAGCUGCAGCUCUUAAUUGCUUUUGUAAAGUCAGGCUUGCAAUCUCUGGGGAGGAACAGCUCCCUGGCAUGCUUUGAUAGCUGACUAACCUUAGAAGGUGUGUUUGUGGAUCAGAGAUGAAGGGGAAUGUCGCCAGCAGGUUUUAGGGAUGCCCCUAAGGCCUAAAGCUGCCUCCCUUUCUUCUCUCUCUCUCUCUCUCUCUCACACACACACACACACACACACACAUAUAUAUAGAGAGAGAGAGAGAGGAAUCCUUAUCUGUGAUAUGUCUGUUGGAGAUUUCAGGUGAACACAAGGAACACAGCAUUCACCACCACCCCUCUGCUUUGUAAAACCUUGCUGGUGUUAAUCCAAAAUAUGCCAUAGCUAGCAUGCACCAUAGCCAAGUAUGUAUUCUAGUAAAUAUGCAGGAAAAGAAACUUCUAGAGUAACUACAAGUUGCCGGUGUGCAGCAAGUGGUCCAGGAUCAGAUGGGAGCAAAGACUUAAGCAGGAACAAAGUGUGGAGGACCAGGCAGGAAUUCAGUUACCUGCUCAGUUGCUUGAGGCAGGCAGGGGAAAUGACUGCUGGGGUGAAUCGGUUGGGAGAGGAAGUCCAGAAGCUUCUGUCUGUGUGUCUGGAGAAAGAGUGUAUGACCUUUUUUACUUGGUUAGUGCCAAGGCUUUUUGUAUUCUGUGUAUUAAUAAUAAUAAUAAUAAAUAUUAAGAUGUCUCAUGUUGUGCAAAGGACCAAGAAACAUGAAGGGUGAGAGAGCUGCUGCAGUAACUUGCAGGACCUGUGCCAUAUUUGUCUGGAGAACAUGUAAAUAUACUUGUAGCAAGUGCCAACUGGUUGCCUUGCUGGAAGGGAAGAUACAGCAACUUGAGACCCACCUAGCCACUCGUUGAGCUGCAGGACAAGAUGCAUAGUUUCUUGAUAGAGCUGAGUGGACUGUGCUGGAACAGCAGCACAGGGUGGGGUGCCCAUACAGAGGAGAAAGAUUGCUCAUUGCAAGAGACAGUCCCCUGGAGGAACAUGACACACACAAGUAGGACUGUCAGGGUCCAUGCUGUGUCAUUGGAGCUGCAAAAGCAAUUUCAUGCUCUCAUCGCAGACACCGAUUCUGGGCCUGAGGAGCUAGGACAGCACUUGCCAACCUCAGAAUAUACCAAAGUGGCUGUGAAAGGUACAGUGCACAGAAUGAUUCCUGCUACCCGCCCCCCCCAGAAGACGAAGAGACAGGAGGAGGUGGACUUGGAGGAUAACCCACUUGCUACCUUUCAAGGAAAUGAACUCUGAGAAAGAGAAUUGCAGUCUGAAGAAGACAAGCCGAGAGGAAGUAGCAGCAAGUAUUUGAGCCAUUAGGCUCCUGGCUUUGUAACCUAUCCCAAUAAUAUCCAGCUAAGCUCCAGUAUACAAGAGGGGAAGACUCAACAGCAGUUGCAGACCUUAGAACAUUCCAAGGAGCCUUUAGAAGACACACUGUAUAGAACGAUUCCUGCCAUUCCCCAGAGGAGGAAGAAACUUAUGGUGGUGGUAAGUGACUCCCUACUGAGGAGGAAAAAGGCAAUAGUGUGUGAAGGAAACAGGAUGUCCCAGGAGGUGUGCUAUCUUCCAGGUGCAAAGAUUCACAAUGUGACAGAGAAGUUGCUGAGUCUUAUAAAGCCCCCUGACCACAACUGCUCCUUUUGAUUCAUGUGGAUACAAACAAUACUGCCACAGACAGCCUUCCAGCUAGGGACGAUGAGACUCUGGGCAGAAGCUGUAGAGUCUUGGGGCACAGGUGGUAUUUUCAUCUCCUUCCUUUUGAAGGAAGGUGUUGUAGGUGGUGUCAUCAGGAAGGUUUGGCUUCUUGGAUCAUGAUCUCCAGUUCCUUGAGGAAGGACCUCUUGCAAGAUAUGGGCUGCACCGCAUAGUGGGUAGCAAGAAUAUGUUUGCUAAGAGUCUCACAAACCUGAUCAGGCGAGCUUUAAACUAGAUCUUGAGGGGGAGGAAGACAAUAUUACAGAAGACAGAAGAACACCUGGUUCUGCAGAAAAUAGCUUCAUUGAUGCACAGGAAACUGAGGUGGUACGCCGAAAACCUGUCAAAGGGCAAGAAACUACAAUAAAGAAGCAGCUAGAGAGAAUGACUGUUGGUUUCAGUUGUCUGUACUAAUGCACAGAGCAUGGGAAACAAGCAAGACAAAUUAGAGCUCUUAAUACAGGAUGGCAAAUAUGACCUAAUAGGUAUUACUGAAACCUGGUGGGAUGAGACUCAUGAAUGGAAUGUAGAAGUUGAGGGGUGUAAUCUAUUCAAAACGAAUAGACCAAGCAAGCAGGGAGGAGGAGUAGCAUUGUAUGUAAAGGAAGUGUCCACUUGUGAGCAGAUACAUGACCCGGAGCACAGAAGACAGAUUGAGAAUAUAUGGAUAAAAAUGGUAGGAGAGGGAAACAACAGUGACCUUACUGUGGGUGUCUGCUAUAGACCUCCAAGCCAGACUGAAGACUUAGAUGAUGCCUUCCUACAACAGAUUACCAGACAUUCACAAAGGAGCAAUAUAGUAGUCAUAGGAGACUUCUACUUCCCCAAUAUCUGUUGGAACUCAAACUCUGCCAAGAAUGUAAAGUCGAACAAAUUUUUCCAUUGCCUUGCCAACAAUUUCAUUUCCCAGAAAGUGGGAGAAACAACAAGGGGAUCAUCCAUCUUGGACCUGUUUCUCACCAACAGAGAAGAACUGAUUGACGAAGUGGAAGUACUCUGAAACUUGGGAGGAAGUGAUCAUGUUGUCUUGGGUUUCAUUUUAUACAGGCAAGGGAAAGCUUUAGGAGGAGCUUUCUGAGGGUAAGAGCUGUUCGAAGGUAGAAUGAGCACCCUCAGAAGGUGGUGGACUCUCCUUUGUUAGAGGUUUUUAAGCAGAGGUUAGAUGGCCAUCUCUCUUUUAAACUUUAGUUGAGGUUCCCUCACUGCAGGGGGUUGGACUAGAUGAAUCUCUUCCAACUCUAUGAUUAAUAUGAUGCCAAAUACUCCCAAUUCUAUACCAUUAAGUAAUUUCUGCAACAUGUAUGAUUUAGGUAAAUGAAGCAAGUUUGUCUGACAACUCUCUCUGUAUAAUUCUGCUUUUUCAUUAUUUCAUACAUCUAUAUAUUUUCCUUCUGCCAGUCAUGGGAAAGAGCAAGCAGCCAUGUCUUGCCCUGAAGCCUUCCCACCUGCUGAAAGUCAGAGUGGAUUGGUAUUGGUAUGCUAUAAAUAAAGUUUCCAUUUUUUGUGAUUCAUGAAUUCCCUGAAUAUGAGUGCGUAGAAUCAUAUAAUUGUGGUUGCUGUAACAAUUCAAAAUAGUUGUUUGCAACCAAAUGGAACUUUUAUAUUACUGAGGAGCAUGAACUAAAACCUCUGGUUUUGCAGUUCACAACCCUUUUGCCACUGCACAGUUGUUUCUGCUUAGUAAUAAGGGUUGCAGUUAUAAAAUUCAUAUAUUUCUUCUUGGCUCUCUAUAUACAUAAGGACACUAAGCAAGAUCACUUAUUUAAGGACAAGUGCUACUAACACAUUGGAUGUGCUGGAUUCUGGGCUAAGUGCCCAGAACUCUACAGAAACAAGGCGUAGUGUUAGUGAGCAAAAGUGUUUUCUUUAGUGAAAUGGAAAGUAAAUGUCCAUGCUGUCUGUUUGAAUAAUGCAUAUUUUUAAUUUGUUGCAAUAAAUACAUUAACAAUACAAAAAAUUAAUGCACGCCCAGUUGCAUCAUACCUUUAACCCAAGACAAAUAUUCCCCCCCCCCCCAUUCUUUCUCUCCCCCACUUUUAACAAGAAAAGCAGGUUUUAAUUCAGUGGCUGCCUUCAGAUGGCACGCUAAACUAUGGUGAGAUGUGAACGAGCCUUUCUCUGCCUCUGUGUUCUUCACCAGUAAAAUAUGAGCAUUCAUUGACUGCCUUUGACUAUGUCUUCGUGCAUCUCUGCUGAUAAACGUUUCUGUUUAAAGUCCUGGUCUGUAGUCUGGGACCUUCAUACUAACAGCACAGGAUUGUGUCCAGGGGAGGUUACUUUGAUGCUGGUAACACAGUGGUUUGAAUUCACCCCUGUAGGUGCACUCCCAUUGUCUCUCAAGACAGACGGAUGCCAACAGUCCACAAACGAAGGAACAAUUCAGCUCCUGUUUAUUUUGGGGUGGGGGAUCUUCCUCCAGCUUGUGUGUCAAGCAGUCCUCACAGGGUGAUGGUAGUCGUAAACUACUUGCUUACCAGUACAUUUUGGAGCAUCUGUUGACCAGUGUUGCAGAUGAGCGUGGAAGAAAGGUGUGCAUUAUUUCUGCACAAAGGGUAGAUGAGUGGUCAUCCUUCCAUAUAUACAAAGCUUGUUUUCUGAGCUCUUUCUGAAGAUGGGCUGGGAAAGCAGUGUGCUGUGAUAAACAGCUGACAUAACAGAAGUGGCAAUAAUCCUCCAUUAAAUAUCUUUCAGCUGAUGGGGCUCACCGGAUAAUUGACUUUCCAGCAGGAAUUACUGGCUCAAACUAAAUCAGCAGGCAUUAGGGCAGCCUGCUGCUGUUUCGAAAGGGAGAAUGUAGCUUUGCCUGACUCUGACAGGGACUAUUCAUCUUGGUAAUUCAGUGUAUGUGUCACUACCAGAUGACACUAAGACUGUAGACACUAAAGUGGCUCUAAUUAAAAACUGUUUUUGUUUGGAAUUCCCUUCGUGAAUUCAGUAGCUUUUUAUCUGAUUUAAGAUCCUAUGUGCUCACCACCAGAUGGUGGGUGGGUGAUCUGAACCAGCCGGUGGUGUUUGACCUCCCCCGGUUCGCUUUUUGUCUGUUGCCCAGGCUACCUUUUACACUGUGGUGUUUGCAGUUCAGAUGGCAGCAGAAUUUGUCCUUCCGUUCCCACAACCAUUAGAAGCAAAUGCUGCUUGGCCACUUCUUCCUGCUCUGGCAACUCCUUGGGAUGAUGAGUUUCUCAUUGAAACGUGUCUGCAGUGGGAGCAGAUCCUAGUGGGAGGGCAACUGCACCUCAGUCCCAUGAAGUUAAAGGUUCACAUAAUCACAAAGUGGGUACAUGUUAAACGGUGUUCAGGGGUUUGCUUGAACGUAAGAUGUUAAAUAUAGGGCUGAAGCAAGGUGCACAUGCCGUGUCUUGUGGUUCCAUUACAGUGGGGGGGGCGUGUAACCCAUAUACACAAGCAGGCCAUGUAAAGGGCUUGAAAAGAGUUUGUGCAAAUUGAAAAAACAGUUGCUUUUCAUAUGCACUGUUCCAGAACAGAGUCAGAAAUCGCCCUUCCUUGAGCAGGGGGAGGUCUUCUCUGAAUUCAGCUCUUAGUUCUUACUGAUGUUGACCCACAGAAGGUGGCUGUAGCAGUUAGGAUUUCCUGUUUCUUGACCUAAAUGCUUCCUCUGUUGUAAAUAACCCAUUAGCGGCCUACCUUUUAAUCACUGCCUCUUUGUUCAUUUUCUUCUUUAGAAUGGGAGCCUGAGCUGGAACGAAGAAGCUGAUGGCAGCAGAGGAAGAGAGGUAUCUCGAGACUUUGCCAAGGUCAGUACAAUGACUUGAGUUUGAGUGUACAUUUGAGCCUAGUGGGAAAACAACAUUUGAGUUGCAUUCUUUAGGGUGUCUCUGAUGCUGCGUCGAGCCUGCUUUCACUCACACAAGACUUUAUCCUCUCCUCCCCACUGUAGCUCCCCAUGCACCCCAAAAUCUGUUUGGAGCAGAAUUUGAGGGGGCACUGGUGGGGUGGGCUUCAGGGGAGGAUAAGAGGAAGGGGUAGUCCUGUUACACAAACAGCAGUGCUCAAUGCAGCCCAUUGCAGUGAAGAAUGUGUUAAUCCCUGGUAUGGUUCUGCAGCUGGAAGAGAAUCCAACAAACUAGAUUUCAAGGUCCAAAGAUACAGCCCAAAUUAACCAUAUGUCUGGGUUGCCUUGUUUUUCCUUCCAAACCCAACCCAUCAUGAAUUAUAAUCUACUUGCUUUAUUCCCCAGUUGUAUGAACUGGAUGGUGAUCCUGAACGGAAGAAGUUCUUGGAUGACCUCUUCAUUUUUAUGCAGAAGAGGGGUGAGUAGAACUCUUACGCUGAGUUUUGUUUCGAUAACCUGAAAAGUCACAGAGAGGAAUACACCUGCUAGUGUCCUAUGUUAGAAUUGGACUCCUUCUAAUGAAGCUGCUGCUUGGAUUGGCUUCAGAGAUUUUGUUUCUUGGUGGGUGGGGAGGAGAGGAAACAGUACCUGCUGCUUCGAAGGUGGAGAGUUAUGAAAGAGAAUCCCAUGAAACAGACAGCUUAGUUGAAGUUGAAGUAAAAGAGAUACUGUCGUUUCCCCCCCUUCCAGACUUGGUUUGAAACAAGGAUAGACUCAGUAUUAUUGAGACCUGUUGCGAGGCGGUUGCAGUGUAAACACUGACAGCGGGAAGGGAAAGAGGAUAGGAAGAAAGGAAACAGCAGGAAUGACAGCAUUUGCGCAUACAUGGGUUUCCAUUUCCCCUACGCCAACCCAAGUAGAAGCAAGAGGUCUGUUAGGGAAAUGUGCCUCACUCUGCAACCACAAGUUUCUUGUCCUCAUGGUAUGUUGAAGUAUUUAAAUAGCAAAUGUCCUUAAUGGAGCAAAGAAAAGAAGCUGUGUGUGUGUGUGAGAGAGAGAGAGAGAGAGAGCGUGCACGCUGGGGGGGGCGGGUAGAGAGAGAGAGGCUUCUAAACAAUCUCAGCAGCUAAGGCAACCCAUAAAAAAACAGGUUUUUCUGUUACUGUCAAAUAAAUACAACAAAUCUCCUCCCUGCUUAGUGCCACUAAAUUUGGAAGCAAAAACAUAACCUCUGUUGUCUGUAGUGUGUUUUGCUUGCGUCAGUCACAAAAUUCAGGGUUGCUGUGAGGCCCUUUUAGCUCUAGAUAGAUUUCUGAAGUUGAACAAGCUGCUCAUCCUUUCCUAGGUGGCACCAGUAUUGUAAGGUUGAAUCAGCACAGGCUGGUAAGUUGAGGAUUGAUCUUGGAGGCCCAGUGUGAAAGACAAACAGCAGAUUUCACAUGAGCUCCUGAAAAAAGAGUUGAGGAUGAAAAGCCCUGGCCCUGGAUACCAUCCCCUGACAGGCUAUUUGUGUCCAGUGCCCUGCUGCACCAGGCCUAAUGCAGAUCAAAUGUGUGGGCCUCCUCUGAGCACAGCAGGUUGCCACAAAGCAGCUGCACCUGCAAGUGAUAAAAUGCCUCUUCAGUGGCAGUAAUGACGAGAGAGGAGAGGAAGGCUUUAACACACUGGGGAGGGGGGAGAUUGCCCCCUCUGUGACACUAAAAUAGAGAAAUGAGAAAAAAUGGAGCUGGUUCGUCAACCCUUAGCCCAUGCCUUCAAAUUAUAGGACUCUGUUUUGGAUUCAUGAAGACCUCGUCCCUUUCUUGGGCUGUCCUGAAGAUGAAAGGUUGCCUUUGAGAAUUGCAUUUCUGCAAAAGCACUCUCAUCUGUUUUAGGGCCAGCAGACUUCCUGAGAGCUAUUCAGGUGUUAUGGCUAAGGUUUGGUUAAGCAACCGACGUCCUUGUCCCUUGUGCAUAAAGUUACAUGAGUUUAAAAAUGGAUUAAAACAACAAAUUUCAGAGGAGUGGAGCUACUGCUACCUGGUGCACCCACCCGCAGGCACAGGCUGCAUCCCAGAAAAGAGGAAGGGAUUUGCUAUACAAGCUUAAUGAGAGUUAUCAUGGUGGAUUCCUUUUCAUUGGUGUCUGGAUUGAUCCUGCAAUGACUGAGUGAGAGGAAACAAGAAGGAGAUCAAAGUAAUAGGGCUCUGUCCGGAAAGACUGAAUCAUUCAAAUUGGAUGGUUCAGUCUGUAGAGCAGGCGUAGGCAAACUCGGCCCUCCAUAUGAUUUUGGACUACAACUCCCAUCAUCCCUGGCCAGCAGGACCAGUGGUCAGGGAUGAUGGGAAUUGUAGUCUUAAAAAACAUCUGGAGGGCCGAGUUUGCCUACGCCUGCUGUAGAGCAUGAGACUCUUCAUCUCAGAGUCAUGGGUUCAAGCCCCAUGUUGGGCUAAAUAUUCCUGCAUUGCAGGGGGUUGGACUAGAUGAUGCUCGUGGUCCCCUCUGUUUUUAUAUUGUAGAGUUAGAAGCGACCCCAAGGGUCAUCAAGUCCAAGCCCCUGCAGUACAGGAGUUGCAACUAAAACAUCCAAGACAGUUGGCCAUCCAACCUCUGCUUAAAACCUCCAAGGAAGGAGAGUUCACAGUCUCCCAAGGGGGACCGUUUCACUAUUGAACAGUUCUUGAUUGUCAGAGAGUUCUUCCUGGUGUUUAGUAGGAACCUCCUUUCUUGUAACUUGAAGCCAUUGGUUUGAGUCCUACCCUCUAUGGCAGGAGUAAACAUGCUUGCUCCAUCUUCCAUGUGACAGCCCUUCUGAUAGUGCCCAAUGCUGUCAUACACUUCCCCUUGUCAGAGAGCUGUUGCCAGAGAAUUUUUGUUUCUCAAAGCACACCAUAAAUGCAGAAAGGGACAAUGCCAUAAAAGUCAUUUAUUAAGGAGAGAGAAAAGGCCAGACUUUGUUAGACCCUCCACGAAAAUUGUGUAGGCAGCCUCCCUCUUCCUAGUAUUGUCUUCCCUACAACAUUCUAUGUCAAGUAGGGAUUUUGGGGGGGGGGCAUGGGAGGAGAGAGUUUCUGCUUACAAACCUCCUGGAUGAUUUGGUGGCUGUUGUGUGAGAAAACUGACAUGUGAUGAUCAUGACUUUGGGAGCUCACUUACUAUACUCAUGCGCCCCAACAGCUGUUUUCCUCUGCUUAUCGAGGCUGCCUGUGACGGAACUUGAGCUCUAGUUCAAAAUUUAAACAAGGUAAUUCAUUAUACGAUUAUAAGAGCCUGGCUUCUGGAUCAGACCCAUCUAGUCCAGCAUCCUGUUCUUACAGUGGCCAACUAGAUGCCUCUAUGGGAAGCCCAGAAGCAGGACUUAGGUGCUCCAGGCCUCUCCCCACUUGUAAGUCCCAUCAGCUGGAGGUAGAACAAUAGUCAUCAUGGCUAGUAGCUAGUCACCUUGAUCGAGUAUUUAUUUGUGAAAGAUAUUUCCAUCCUGUCUUUCCACAUCUGAGGAAAUGCUCUGAGUGGCUCAUGUUGUAAUCAUAUAGUAAAAACAGGAACACAAUAAAACAAAUAAUUAAAGUAAGACAAGCACCAUAAAAAUAGUCUAAGCAACAGGGACCAAUGCCUCAAAUUUCAGCAGGCAAGCUGUCAGUUUGCUUAAACUUCUUCAGUAGGCUCUGAGGGGAAAUGUGAGCAAGCAUCUCCAGUGGCAGAUAGUUCCACAUCCUAUGAAAUUAGCCAUAGUUCAAGCUAUAAAAUUUGUGCUCAUUUAUUAUUUAUUAUUAUUUAUUAAAUUUGUAUACCGUCUGUCUGAAGACCAUGGGGUGGUUCACAACAUAAAAAUACAAAAUGCAUAAUGAAACAAGAGCAAGAACAAACAAAAUAACACCCCCCCCCAAAAAAAGACACUUUUUAAAAGCCAUAGAAUGUUUAAUCAGCCAAAGGCUUGGUUAUAGAAAAACAUUUUUGCCUGGGUCCUAAAGAUAUGUAAUGAAAGUGCCAGGUGAGCCUCCCUGGCCGGAGCAUUCCGCAAAUGGGGAGCCACCACAGAAGAGGCCUGUUCCUGUGUCGCCACCCUCUGGACCUUUUGUGGAGGAGACACAUGAAGAAGGGCCUGACUUCGUUAGCUUUCCCCUUCCAUUCUUCUGCUAGCUCAGCAUCUUAUUCUCACAGUGUCCAACAGAUCCAUUAUAUCAGAAGACCAUUGUCUGCAUUUCUUUAGAAAUCUUCUGGAAAAGGUAGGUUGUUUUCCAGGCGAAUAAACUAUGCUACAUAGGGAAUAUCGGUGUGCAUCAAUUCUCAAGAAGGCAAGGAUGCUGGAUUGCAAAUGGUGGUGUAGCCAGGAAAACCGUUUUGUUCAUUUAAGUUCCUCCUUUGUGAAGAUCUCAUAAAAAGCUUCUGAUUGUGCCAUUCUGCUGCUGCUCAAGGUUUCCUACGUGACCUUUGUUUUCCCAGAUGGCUUGUCCGUUCUGAGUUUGAUGUAUAUAUACAUAGAAGAGGCUUUGUAAGCCCAAGCGUGUGGUUUUAAUGUUUUCCUGCUGUUGUAUGGCCUUAUCUGCAUGUUUUCAGAUGUGGAAAAGCUUGCAGCAAAUACUGAUAUUGAUGAAAGCGUUUGGCAGGGGGUUCUUUUAUCUCCAGGCAGCAGUGGCACUUAUCAAGCCUAUCUAGGGAAUACCCUUAAUACCUCCUUUCCCCCCCUUUUCUUUCCUGCAGCUUCACCACUAAGUUUUUGCUACCUGGAGGAUAUCCUAGAGUCUGAAUAUUGCCGAUAUUUCUCCUUCAGUAGCAGGCCAAAUCAAGUGAGCUAACAGGAGCAUGUUUACCCUAAUUCCACUAUACAAAUUCCUUACAAUGGUGUUGUGGACUUUCUGUUGCGGGUCCUGGAGGAGAUUAGGGAUGAGCAAAGAAAUAAGGAAAUUGUGCUCUGUUGCUUUGAACUAAAACUAGUGAAAAAUUCCCAUCCCUUUUCAAACCCCUGAGCUCCGAAUUAUUGUGACACUAAAAUUCAGUUAUUUGCUGCUGUGGGCAAUUGGUCCAUAUCAUGAACUUGGAGUAUUUGUAUGGAAAAGAUAGGAGAAGGAUACUGAUAAAUCUUUUACCAUACACACUGUUAUUGGCUACUUUUUCCAUCUCUGAGCUGGGAAGAUGCUAUUCCUUUAGGCUUUUGUCUGUGGAACCUUAUGUGGCACUGCCUUGAGGAAUUUGGAAAGGAAGUCAUGGCUUCAGAGAGAGUUAAGCCAUUCACUGAUUCCAACUUUCGGAUACUUUAAUUACUAAGUAAGAACGAAGGAACAUACAGAAUGGAGUGCUGUAAAACAGCCUGCUCCUUCUUUGUUAGAAUUUCCCUCAGAAGGAGCCUUUUAUAACUAUGCAGAAGUGCCAGUCUCUUUCCAAGUGUGAAUUAGGUGUGAGCAGGGAGGACUUUUGGAGAGGGUAUCAAUGGUUCAUACCAGCAAGAUCUCCCACCUUUCUCUGGACCUCACAGGACUGUGCAUUUUGUUGUUGUUGUUGUUGAGUGCCAGUCUUCCAAAUUUGUGGGCCCUUGCUCAUCAGAGAAAUCUCGGUGCCCUACUUCACUUCAUAGCAGUAUACCUCUCACAUUAGCAUAGCUCCUUAUGAGUCAUCCACACUUAGCUUUCUUUAAGGUAAGUCACAUAAAGAUACUUCCAUCUUUCUGUCUUGCUAGGGCCCUUUCCUCAUCCAGCUUAAGAGCCGGUGACUUCUGUUCAGAUGCUUUAGUUAAUGUGUUUUACUAGUUUAAUGCUGGGCACUCAGGCCACACGAUGAGGCUGAGUCUCCUGAGUGCUGAAGGAAGAAGCAGGCCUCUUUGCCAACAUGCCGGUGGAGGCCUUUGCUUCAUAUCUGAAGCCAGUGGGCUCAAGCCUGCCCAUUUAAGCCUUUAAGACAUCAAUGGAUCUGCUUUUACUUCAUGAAAAACUGUGUUUCUGCUUCAGAUAUCGCUGGGGGAGUUAGUUCAAGGGUCAGAGGGGUGAGAACCCCACCAGUAGCAGAGCUGUUGAACAUCUGGUAAAGAUGUUAUGAGCGUGAAGUAUAUUGAACCCAGCUGUGCCAGUAGCCAUUGAGCAACUGAACACUAGCGAGGCUUAAUGUGAACAAACUCCAUGAGAACAGGCCUAGGGAGUAGUGUUGAGACACAGUGGGCACAUCGGGGCAGAUUAGGCAACUUUGACUGGGUGGGUCGCCUUGACACAAGGACACAUGUGCCUGUUAAGUAGCCUUCAGUUUGGCAGCUCAUCUAAUAAGCAGAAGCAAUCUGUCAGUCUUGCGUUAUUCAGGGGGUGAAGGGGAAGCAGAGCCCAAUGGCAUUUCCAUGGGUGCAGAUAAGAACUGGGCCUCACAUCAAAUAGAACAUGAUUAAUUGCUCUCCUUCCCAGCUCCCGCUUUGAUAAACAUAUGUGAGGGCCCACAGGUUAGCAGAUCAGGUAAUGACUAUCACAUCAGGAGGUGUGAAGAUUCACUGUGGAACUAGACAAGGGGCUUGGGGCAUGGGAUGAGUGAUGAGGGCUGCUAUGGGAUGGCCGGGGGGGCGGGGGAGCAGACAGGCAGAGAGGGCUUCUUUCUCUCCGGACUGUAUUUUCUUACCUUUCAAACAAGUCCUAAGGGCAGAGCCUGUAACUUCUUGCUUUGCCACAUGCACAGAGAUUCUGGCAACAGACGUCAGCUGCGUCUGAUGGGAGUGGAAGUCCAGAGCAUCUGCAGGGCACCAGGUUGUAGAAGGCCGGUCUGGAACAUUUCCGGCCCUUUAUUGAAACUUUGAGGUAGCACCUGGAAAAGUAUGCAGGAUUGGUUGCUCUUUGCCGCCUGUGACAUAAAAACACAAGAAGAGCCUGCUGGAUCUGGCCAGUGGCCCAUCCAGUCCAGGAUCUUGUUCUCAUAGUGGCCAAAGAGAUGCCUCUUCCAGGAAACAAGCAAGCUGAGCCCAAGCACAAGAGCCUUCUCCUUUCCUGUGGUUUCCAGCAACUGGUAAAACCAGAUGGUGGCAAUUCCUCCAGGGCCUCCAGUCACCUCCCCCAAGCACCAUAUUUCUUAUACUUGUUAAAGCUUUUCAGAACCACAUUUGGGCCCAAAUGAGGACCCCCAAGAUUAUUUUAAAAGCCUAUCACAAAUACAAAUUUUAAACAAUAACUUGAAAUAAACCAGAGUGUUAAAACAAAGAUGAGCAGAAUUUAAUACUUUCAGUAUCAUUUUUUUAAAACCAUUAAAAGCAGAGGGAGCGGAGACCUAAAAGGGGUUUAGCAUAGGGCCAACUUCCCUUGGGAGGGAACUGCAAAAUUGGGGUGCUGCCACUGAAAAGCUGUUCCCAUCAGCAAGGUAUCCUGCGUUGUUGGGGCUUACAAAAGAUUUGGGAGGUGACAAAUCAGAACGGGUUUCCUCACAGGUGCUUCCAGAAAGCCCACAAGCAGGAAUUAAAGACCCUAGCCCCCAUCCCCAUCCUCACUCCCACCACCAUAACUGUCUCCCUACUGCAUCAACUGGUGUUCAGAGGUACACUAGCUCUGAAUAUGGAGCUUCUGUCUUAGCUUAGAGUAGCCACUGAUAGGUCAGUUCGCCUACAGUUUGCUUAAUUCUUUUUUAAAUCUAUCUGAGACUGUUUUCCCAGCGCAAAAAGAGUAUUUAAGCUCUUUACCAUGCUUGCUGGGAAGGGCUGCUCAGCACACCUGCUCCAGAAGGCUAAGGAUGCUUAUGUGACAUCUUUCAAAAGCUCUGAUGGCCCUGUGAGAUCUCGCAAGAGCAUCCCAGCAAAGCUAUUUUGCACCAGGAAACCCUGGAGCAAAAAUAACUCUUAAGUCCUCUGCCUUGCUUAUGUUAAUUUGCUGGAUUUCAGCUGGCGACAUUUACCCUCUGGGUAUAGGGUGGUAUAUAAAUUCAGUAAAUAGUAGUAAUAAUAACCAUGUCUGGCUGAAAUUGUGCAAGUUAAAUGUGUGUAAGACUUGAUUGUACUAUGACAUUGACUCCAUUUUGGGGACGCAGAAUUGUGCCACAGAGCAGAAGAGUGGAGUUUUGGUAAAUUUUCAGGCUCACAGAGAGCAAAGGAUCCAGGUCUCCUGGUCGUGAUCCUUUUGCAUGCCCAUUAAUACUACCACACUCUCUUCCUAGCCAGUGUUGAGAUUCAAUAGGAAGUUUUUUUUUUUCCCUAGCAAAGUGUGUAGGCUGCUGAGCAGUGAGAAGGAAGGACAUAGUGUUAUCAGUGUUUCUUUUUUUCUGUCCUAUGGUGAUAGGACUAUCUGGCCUUUGUUACCAUGUCUCUCUAGGACCAUUUUGCAGUCUUAACUGUGUUUGUACUUUGUGGAUGGAUAAUUGGAGGUCAGAGGGAGUCAUAGAAUAGUAGAGUUGGAAGGGGACCCCAAGAGUCACCUAGUCCAUCCCCCCUGCAAUGCAGAAAUCUCAACUAAAGUAUCCCUGGCAGAUGGCUAGAGUCAUCUGUCCCAAGACCUGACAUGUGUGUUCCCCACCCUGGUGCCUUCCAGCUGUUGCUGGACUACAGUUUCUAUCAGCCACAUGCAUGAAGGCCAGUGGUCAAGGCUGAUGGAAAUUGUACUCCAGAUUAUAUGGAGGGCACCAGGCUGCCAUGCAGAGCUCAUGGCAAAGGUAGGAUUUGAAUACACGUCUGCCAAGAGGCAGGCCUCGCCCCUCUGCUUAGCAGAGGUGCAGUCAGCACGAAGCCCUCCCAAUAUUGCUGGCUCACAGUUGCCACCUCCUUCGACCAUUAACUGGGUUGGAUGGGAGCUAUAGGCCCACAGCAACUGCCAGGCAGCACGUUGGCUACCCCAUAGCAGCAUGUGGUAAUUAGCUUGUGUUCUUACGUUCUGCUGUAAUUUGGAUAGGUGUCAGCUAGCCAGUGGAAUCUCCUUUCCUUUAAAAUAGAGUCAUAGUCUCAAAGCUAAGCUGCCUGGAUGGGCAGCUGCCUAGGAACCACAGACAUGCCACCUUAUUUGGCAGGGGACAUCCUGUUGGGUGCACAAUAUUUGCCACCAGCCUGUUUGCUUGUGACAGCAAAUACCUUUCUUAAUUUUGCCCUACCUCUGGAGUUGGGCAGCAAGCACCACAGCUCAAGUAGCACCUUUGCCGUCCUGGAGAUCUUUCUACCAAGGUCCCAAACAUGCCGAUUUGGGGCAGGGAGUCAUGCAUGCAUGCAAGUCUGUUGCAGCAACUGAGCUCCGUUUAUUUUCUUUAGAUUAGAUUUGAUUUAUAUACUGCCCUUCAUCAUAAGAUCUCACGGCGGUUCGCACAAUAAAAUACAGGAUAAAAACAAAUAAAUAAGUGAAACAAAACAGCAAAACAAUACCAUCACCCUUCACACAGACACGUUUGAAAGGGUGUAGACUGUUAAUAAGCCAGAGGCUUGGUUGAAGAGGACUGUUUUUGCCUGGUGCCUAAAGGUGUGUAAUGAAGGUGCCAGCUGAAGCUCCCUGGGGAGAGCAUUCUACAAAAGGGGAGCCACUACAGAAAAGGCCCUUUCUCAUGUUGCCCCCCCUCCGAAUCUCACCUGGAGGAGGCACAUAAAGAAGGGGCUCAGAUGAUGAACGCAGAGCCCGGGACAGUUUAUAUUUUAAAUGGCUGGCACAGAGCCCUGGAGAAUUAUUCCUCUCUCCAGGCUAUAGACAUUUUGUCAUCUCCAGUUCUGGACUCAGAAAAGCCUCUGUAGUCCCCUGCGCCUGAAAGCAGACUCCUUGGGCUGCUGUUUAUUAUCUGUGCCCAGGGCUCCAUCUGAUUUUGAUUACCCUGUAUCAGAGGUGAGGUGGCUUGGGAUCAUGUAGCAGCAGGGGUGAAGCAGGGAGGGUUCCUCUGUUAGUGAAAAGGGGAAGUGCAUGCAGAAUGUAAGGACAGAGGAAACAGCCCACUCCCUUUGCUGGCAAGAGGUUGGACCCUCUGUCUGCAUCGCCGCAAUCCAAGAGGUCCCUGCGUGCUGUCGGAAUAGAGAGAGACACUGGAAAGUACAGUAGAAACGAGCUUGCCAUCAAAAGGCAACAAGUCCUGCCCUGUGCCCCCGGUCAGUGACCUUUCCCUCUGGAAUUCUCCCCUCUGACCCCCAGAUCAUUAAUCCCUCCACUGCCAGAUGACAGUAAUCCAUCAUGGGCCCUGACAAGCCUCGCAGCCGGCCGUGAAAGGAUCUGCUCAGCCUCUGUCUCUCUCUUUCUGUCCCAUGAUGCUCAUUUCUCAGCCUUUCCUGUUCAGCACUGGGGGCUUCCAAUAAAGACUUAACGCCUUUCUCUUCCUAUCAGGGGGCUGGGAGGGGAGGCGGCUGAGGGCUGUACGAGGAACCUUUCCACACUUACUGUGUCUUGUUUGCUUCUCUCAGUCUCCAUCUGUGAAAGGCUCGAGCAUCCAAAACAGCACUGGAAUGGAAAAUGGAGUCUGCUUUCCCUUUACUGUUAAAUCUAUUUUUAAAAUAUGUUUUAAAUGGCUUUUGUCCAGCCUUUCAAAUAAGCACCAAACUGUGCAUUUAAAAUUAAGCAGUUCAUGUUAAGUAAAUGCAGCACGGUAUUAAAACCUGGAAAACCAGCACUAAAAGCAGAGGAAAUACCAGAAUAAAACUGAUCAAAUAAAAUUGUCAAAUAAAAUUGUCCAACCCCCGCCCCCCCAAAAAAACCUAGGCAAGCAGAUGCCGGGCAUGUGCUGGAGAAACAGCAUCCGGCAGGAUUUAAUGUCCGCUUAUCAGCUGAUGAGACAGAGGUUAAAUCCUGCUUUGGCUGUCUGCUGCUUACUUCCCUGUUGGGAACUGGCUGGGGCAGCCAACACAUAAUUGACCCCACCCCACAUCAGCUGAUAUCUCCCAACACAGCUGAUUGACAGGUGGGUGUGGUGUGGGGGAAAUCGGCUGGACAGACUGGACUCCCUGGCAGGCCAAGAUUGGCCCCUGGGCUGGAGUUCCUCAACCCUGGUGUAGACACAUGGCUAUAACUCUGUACAGGCAACUUCCUAUUUUCCUAACACAUAUUUGUAUAGUGGAUUUCAACUACGCAUAUAGCCCAUGUGGUUUAUUUUUUAAAAAUUCACUGUAUACGAGGAAGUUAAUGCACUGUUCACAUCUGUUACCCAAGGCCAAACAAAUACUGAUGCAGUUCUUUAAAGAUGAGCAUUGCUAUUUGGGCUUUGCUUUCUGCUUUUAUUAUUAUUAUUAGAUAGAAGUUCUGCACAAAGAAGCAGUGCUAACAAAUAACAUUUGCAUAUGUUUACUGGUCCUUAUUUAUUUAGUCAGAGGGAGCAGCGGCUUCCACAAAGACAUUGAAUCACAAACAUAUCCUUGGACCUCCUCUGAUUUCAGAUGGGUUUUUUAAGGUAUUAUUGGUGGCUGGCUAAUUGGUAUUUUGUUUAUAGACAGCUUUUCAACCCCAGGGAACACCAAAGCAAUUUUUUAAAAACCACAUUUGUAACAUUAAUUCAAUCCUUCAAUUGAAAAAAUGGUAUGAAAACAGCAAAACAUAGAAUUCAGAUUUCAAGCAUAAGACAUUGUGGUGCAGUGUAUCAGUAUACAGUGGUACCUCAGGUUAAGUAAUUAAUUCGUUUUGGGGGUCUGUUCUUAACCUGAAACUGUUUUUAACCUGAAGCACCACUUUAGCUAAUGGGGCCUCCCACUGCCACUGCAUGAUUUCUGUUCUCAUCCUGAAGCAAAGUUCUUAACCCAAGGUACUAUUUCUGGAUUAGCAGAGUCUGUAACCUGAAGCAUAUGUAACCUGAAGCGUCUGUAACCCGAGGUACCACUGUAUUCCCAGUGUAUCAGCCCCAAGUUUGUUUGUUUGUUUGUUUUUACAUCUGUUCUUAAACGAAGACAAGUUCUCAAAGCAGAGAGCUCUGGGGGAAAUGUAUAAUUUGACCAGGAAGAAUGAUACAAAUAAAACUAAACUGCAUCAUAUGGAGGUUAAAAGCCUACCUAAAAAGAAAAGUCUUGGUAUUACAUAUUUCUGUUAUUACUGAUAGCUCUUGGCAGGCUGCACUUUUGCUUAGUGGCUCUCAAAAAACACAACUCCAUCCACAUGGGCAGCCGCAGAAAAUGCUCUAGGCCAGAGGUGGGGAAUCUGUUGUUAGACUACACCUCCCACCAUCCCUGACCAUUGGGCCAUGCUGCCUGAGGCUGGUAGGAGCUGUAGUCCAAUAACAAACAUCUGGAGCGGCACAGAUUCUUCACCCCAGCUCUUUCUUCCUUGAUCAAACCCCACCUGCAGGCCUGGGUCCAGUUCUGGGCACCGAUAGAUUCAAGUUACAAGGAAGGAGAUUCAAACUAAACAUCAGGAAUAAUUUUCUGAUGGUAAGAGCUGUUUGACAGUGGAACGGACUGCCUCGGAUGGUGGUGUUUUCUCCUUUACUGGAGGUUUUUAAGCAGAGAUUCAAUAGCCAUCUAUUAUGGAUCUUUAGUUGAAAUUUGUGCAUUGAAGGGGGUUGGAUUGGACUAAUGACCCUCAGGGUCCCUUCCACCUCUACAGUUCUAUGAUUCUAUUAAUGACUAACCUAGCCUACCUCACAGAAUUGCUGUGAAGCUAAGGCUGCACUUCACCUUGGAGUAAAUCUGAAUACAUUCAGACUUAUUUUUAAUAGAUAUGCAUAGGAUUGUGCUGUAAAACCUAAGCCACUUUUUGAGAAGGGCGAGAGAGUCAGGCACAGGAAGUAAACAGGGCUAGAUUUCAUUUUAUGAAUGUGGACUAUGCUGCUCUUUGUGCUAGGAACAUACAGCACCACAGAAUAUACAGAGCAUCAUACAGAGGGAUUUAAGAUUAAUUUUACUAGCUUGUAUGUUUGGUAUUAAGUACUUGUUUUAUUGCACCCAGUCCUGAGAUGAUGCGAUGCAGGGUGGGAUAUAAAUAUUUUAAAUAUAAUAUAUGACUACACUUUCUAUUGGGUUUUGAACUUUCAAAGCCAUUAGUGUAUCGUAUCAGGAAACUGGGUAAUUCUGGAAAGCUUUUUGGAAGGGUAAACAGAGCAACAUAAAUGCCCCCUUGAUUGGAGCACCUACUUGAAAUAUGCCACUUUAGUUGCAGAACUGUAUUCUUUGGGCAUAGGCUUUUAGAGCAAAGAAAGUUGAGAAUGAUGUUAACCUAUUUGAGUCUAAUGAUCUUAAGAUUAAAGAAUCAAGGAGCUGGCAGAUUUGUAGAUUUUUUAGAAAGAGUACAGGAAACAGAUAGGGCUGGUUUAUUCUACCUCCCCCAAAGAAAUAAAAGUUAGGUCCCUUCUGAAUGGAUUGUGUGUGUGCACGCGCACACACAUGCACGCACGCUAGAGUCUUUAAUUUUAGCUCUCCAUGUAAUGAAAGGGUUUCUUCCCCUCAGAGGGUAUAGACCAGUGGUUCUCCAAGUGGGCAGUAACAGUCCCUGGGGAGUGUUGGGGUUACCUAGGGUGGGUGGUAAGAGGCAAGGGGUGGCAGGAGAGUGCUGGAGGUAUGAAUGACUAUCAAACUUUGAAAAGCUGGUCUCAGUGGAUCAGGUUUGUUGAAUGAAUUAAACUAAAUAGCUUGAAUUGGAUUUAAAUAAAGUUGCAAUUAAUCAUUACUGUUUUGAAUUGGGGAUGAGUUUAUGGGAACCAAGUGGGUAGUGUCCCAAAAACAUUUGGGAACCCCUCAUAUAGACUGAUGGUAGGAUGUCUGCCAUUGUCUUUUAAGUUGGUCACUUGUUCAUUCUAUGGUCCUUUGCAAGUGUGAGAGAGGCUAUGUCCUCAACAUCUUGUUUCAUCAAUGUGAAUUUGACUUGCCCACUCCUUGGAAGAAGCAACACUCUGAAGUUGUAAAACAGCCUAACUACCCUCUGAAGACGGUUUGGAAAUUUCAGCUAGUACAGAUGGCAGACAGCUUGUUCACUGGGGCAAGACAGUUUGAGCAUAUUGCACCGAUCCUGGUCCAACUGCACUGGCUGCCAAUUAGCUUUUGGGCUCAAUUCAAAGUGCUGGUGUAGACCUAUAAAGCAUUAAACACCUCAGGACCCCAAUACCUCAAUGACUGCCUCUCCCCAUAUGAACCUGCCCGGACCCUGAGAUCAUCCUCUGAGGCCCUUCUUUGUGUGACUCCUCCACGAGAGGUCCAGAGGGUGCCAACACGAGAACGGGCCUUUUCUUCAGUGGCUCCUCGUUUGUGGAAUGCUAUCCCCAAGGAGGAUUGGCUGAUGCCUUCAUUACACACAUUUAGGCACCAGGCAAAAACAUUUCUCUUCAACCAGGCCUUUGGCUGAUUGAAUGUGUUGUGGGAGUGGGGAUUAUUGGUUUUUGUUCUUAUUUUUAUUACGUAUUUUGUGUUUCAUAUAUUGCUGUUUUAUGUUGUGAACUGCCCUGAGAUGAAGAGUGAUAUUCAAAUAUAAUAAAUCUAAAUCUACAUCUAAAUCUAAUAAUGUAGUAAUAUAUAUAUAAUAAAUAAUAAUGGCCCACUCAGUGUUUGUACGCUGUGCAUUUGGUGUUGGGUCCAGGUUUGGAAGCGCCUCAUAGGCAAGAUGCCUUCAGAUCCGCAGUCUGAGGGCAGCAUGCAAACAUAUUCUAAAAAUGCAACUAUAAUAACGCAAAUAAGCCAACAACAUAGCCCACAUUCAACUUCCCAUUCAUUCAGAAAGUCACAACAGUUUAAAACUGUAGAGCACCAUCUCUGAAAUCAUAUCGGUGCAGGCAAACUCAGGUUUCCACUUCUGGCAUCCCACUGUAAGUGCUGCUGUCUUGAGCAUUUGACAGUAUGUUCUGCACGUGGCAUCCAAUGUAUAUUGCAGGGACCCAGGACUUGCCAAGCUGUCUUCCUGCAGACACCUUACAUCUAUCCAUUGGUUACAUAGACCAGCCUUCAACGCUGCCCCUCAUUUCCCUUGGAAAAUUUGUUAGUUACCUCCCCUUUCACUCUCUGCCUUCCCCAUCUGGUCACUGGAUCAAGCAUGCUUAGGGAUAAGUUAAUACCAUACGCUAAAUUGGAUUGGGGAAGAGUGGGUGGGUAAUUAGUCCCACAGGAGGCCCCAGGGGAGUGUAAAAGUGCAUUUACUGGAUAUGCAAAGCAUGCAUUCUGGGCUUAAUCUUUAUUAAUGUUUUCACGCACCCAGCUCUCUCCUGCCUUUCUCACAGAGAAUUUACCAGGGCAGAAGAAUGACACCCAUCAGUGAAAGGAAACACUUGCACACACAAAUGUGCAUAUCAGUUUUAUUUCUGCUUUUGUGAAAGCAAGAGGAUGGGUAGUCGGCCUUGUUCUUUAUUUGCAGUUUUAGCUGGUGGCUCCGCAAAGCUCUGCAGUGCCUUUUGAAUCAUGUCAUGUCUUGCACGGAGCCACUAGCACAGAUGUUAUAAAACUGAUGCCAUAAAACUGGUUCAACAGAGGAUUGGGAGGUCUGUCGGAUACUUGUAAAACCAUUUCAUACAGAGGCUGGAUUCCUCUUUGUUCUCACAACUGAUUCCCCUAUUUAUGUAUUAUUUAUUUCAUAAAAUUUAUACACUGCUUGAUUUUAAAAAAUAUAAAACAAGAAAAUCAAGAAACAUACAGCAAUACUUUAAAACAUACAAAAAGUUAAAAUACAAAAGCUUAAUCUAAACUUUCCAACCAUCUGGGUAGGUUUGUCUACACAAGAAUGAGUACAGUGAGGGCACCUGCUUGAUAUCAGUAGGCAGGAGGUUCCAGAGUGUAGGUGCUGCUACGCUAAAUGAUCCUAGUCUUACAAAUUUGGAACACCUGUGGCACCUGUAAUAGUGCCAGUUCUGCUGAUUGAAACGGUCAAGUGAGCCUUUAUGCUUAUGGGGUAAGGCAAUCUCUCAGGUAGUCCCACAUUGUUAAGGGCUUUAUAUACUAGUAGAAACACCUUGAACCUGACCUGGUAGCAAACUGGCAACCAGUGGAGAUCUCUGAGCACAGGCGUUAUAUGCUGACAAAGCCUGACUUGUGUCAGCAAUCAUUCUGCAACGUUCCGCACAAACUGAAGCUUCUGCAUUUUUGGUACUGGUGUAUGUAUUGGAAGUAGAACAUCUCAACCAAACUAUAUUUUAGGCCAAACCCAUGUAUCCUUGUAUGUGAGAACUGGCCUGGUGUAUCUACCUCUGCCAUGAAGUUGUUUGAUGCAAGGUGAAUUCUCUGUCUCAAGCCAAUGUGCAAUAUGGAGAUGAUGAUACUCUCCUACCCUGUUGCAAAGAUCACAUUCCAAAAGUGUACAUAAAGCUCUGUACAACACUCAGCAGCACUGUACAAAUGCUAACUGCUCUCAUUGAUUCUUAUUAGUCUUUCUUCAAAUGUUAUGGCCCUGUCUGUACAAAAGUGUAACGUUGGGAAUAUUUCCUCAAGAGUACCACUGAGGCGGUAUGUGGCUGAGUAGAGGUUGCCGCAGAGGGAGUGGGCUGCUGCCUUCACACUCUGCUUGUUGGGUCCCUAGAGGGUGCUGCUUGGCCGCUGUCAGAAAUGAGAUGCUGUUUGUCUGAUCCAGCAGACCAUUUCUUGUAGGGCUGCAGCUUAGUGAGGAAGGUCAUGCUGCUUGUUCAGUGGCAACAGGGCUUAAAAAUUCUCAGCAUCUCCAGGUUAGGCGUAGGAAAGUGUCUCAUCUGAAGCCCUGGAGAGUCACCAUCAGUCAGUAUAGGCAGUUCUAAGAUGGAUGGGUCACUGGCCUGACUGUAGGACUCAGCUGCCUUUGAGACCCAUAAAAGCAGCAAGAAACAUCUGGAUCUCUUAACUUUUGGAAGGACGGACCACUAGGCUGGAGCAACCAUUAUUCUGCACCAGUAAGGCUGCUGCAGCCCCCAGAGUAUUACAUUUUAAGCAUAUGGGAUGGUAGUCAACUAUUUUUUUUUGUCAAAGUAGACCUCUUGGACCUAACUUAGUCCAGUUCAUUCAUUCCAGUGGGUCUACUUAGUUGCAAAUCACCCAUGAAAGGUUGAAACACACACACAAGCAUACACACCCUGUUAAGUUGUCAGGCUUUUUGACAUUAAAAAUAUGUGGCAUAAAAGAAUUCCAGAGAAUUGGUUAAUAGGAACUUUUGUUUAUCCUAGGAAGAGCAGCAAAGCAAACUCCUAAGGAUUAUGAAUGUUUUCUGCUGCGGAGUCUGACAACAUUUUGCAGGAAAUCUGUCCUCUGGGCAGCAUCUGUCAUCUUUGGUUGGGGAUUCUUGCCCUUUCCUGUCAAACUGGCCCUUAAUAUGUGAUCUACCCACUGUGGCAUUUCCUAUUCUGCCUUGCUUGCCUGUUUUUGUUGUAUUCCAUUGCCUAGAUUUGUUUACAAUGUAUAUGAAAAGAAAAGGAGCAAGCUUAAGUUCAGAAGUGAUAAAGUAGUUUUUAAAAACAUCCCUGCCAGAAGAGGAAUUUCCUUACAGAGGCUUAAAACUCCUGAGGUUGUAAAAACCAAAGUAAUCCUUCAAAUCAAGGACACUUUUUUUUAUUCUUAGCCGUUUUUCGCUUGCCUCAAACAAUCAAAAUGAGAGUUGCAUGCUUUAAUCAGCUUGAUUGAUUUAAAGCUUUAGCUUAAUUAUUGGGAGACUGAUUUUAUUCAGCAGUGCUUAGGCUGAAAAGCCAACUUAGGUGUUUUUUGGGGAGUUUUUAAUGUUUUGGCCUGGUGGUAUAAUAAAGUUGACCUUUUCUUUUAACAUUAAGGAACGCUUAAUUUAAUAACCUGUACGUGUCUCAGACCCUUAUUAAUUAUCUGGGAGCAACAUGGGCUGCUAAGACUUCUGUAAGCAGGUGUCUUGCUUCUGUCGGACAGGUGAAGACAGCUCAGAAAUGUUGCCACAGCCUGGCUUAGCAUUAUUUGAGUGAGCUGCCAGAAUACUUGGAACUCGGGAGCUCUGUCAUGAUUGUCAACCCUCCCACUCAUUUUUUUGGCUUGAAGUAAGCCAUAGUUUGCUAUUUUUUACAAACUGGCAAUGGUUUGUUUCACACCAGGAUCGGAGGGAGAGAAAUCUCUCUGUGGGAGGGAAAGAGGGAGUACCUGAACCCAAGAAUCCUUAUGCUCAUUAAAGACAACACCAAACCAUGGAUUGCUAUUUAUGAACUGCCAUAUAACACAAUGGGGUUUGCUAAUGUUGCCAAGAAAUCUCUUGCUUGCAAACUUUCUGGUUAGGAAGAAGUUUUGAUUUAAAGCUUUGGAUCUAACUGUGUGCAAGUGUCCUGGCACCUCUUUCUCCAAAAACAAAGGCACCAGAAAAGCAGAUGGGGAAUUUAGACCAAAGAAGCAAUGGCAUGGGAGGGGCAUUUCUCAACUCCAUAUUACCCUCCACCCCAAAAUAAACACAGUUAUGGUGGCAAGAGAUAAUGAUCCACCUUUCUCAUGCAUCCAUUGAGCUCCAGCCUCUACUCCAGGCCCAGUAUUGGGCUUCCUUGAGAACCAUAGAUUGGGAGUUCUGUUUCAGCUAUGCAUUGUGUUCAUAAUCCAUCCAGCAAAAAGGACCUGCUGAAAAGGGCUCUUCUUUCCGUUUGAGGGUUUUGUAGUGUUCCGCUAUUCAUUAAGUAUAUAUCACUUGAAUUCUGCUUCCUUGUGUGUGGUUUUUUAAAACGUGCCAAACCUUACUGUGAAUUUGGCCCCCUAGUUUCCAGCAUGUCAGCUGAGCUUUGUUCCUUGACAGAGGUGUUGGCCUGUGUUCCAUUUUCACAUUUCUGGGAGGGAUGCUUGACUUGUUCUUUCCAUCUUCAAAAUAUUAGGAGACUUAACAAGACCAGAUUUGCUGGCUGACAGAAGGAAGUUGUGCUGGAACAGAAAGGAAAGUUAGAGGCAACGGCCCUAAAACAUGCAGCCUCCAGUCAGUGUUGAAACCCCGGUGUUGCAUGCUCACCGGCUGCCCAUGACAGGGUGGGAAAUAAAUGCGUCAUUUUGGUUACCAAAGACUUGAGUGGUUAGGAAAUAGGUCCGGAACGGCACCAUGGCCAGACUUCAAAAGAGUUGUUCAGAUAGUUAAUACUAUUGCACCAUAAAACCUCUCUUCUACACUCCUUCCUAAUGAAGCAAAUCAGAAACAAAACACCACCUUGUUAUACACUCGUACCUUGGAAGUUGUAUGGAAUCUGUUCUGGACUAAGAGCUAAGCUGUUGAACACCAAGGUACGACUGUAUUCUCCCCUGAGCUGUGCUAUCCAAAAACUUGACACUUAUACAGGCACAGUAGGCAGCACAGCGUUCCUUCUGCAACGAUUAUGCGGUGAAAACUUUGGGAUCAAUUUUAGGGCCUGAAAAAAGGGGUGUGACUAUUAUGCGGUGGUGGUGAUUAUGUAGUGAAAUACGGUAUUUAAUUACAUAUAGAAAUAAGACAAGAAGAGGGCCAGGCGCUUUUCUCUCCCCUCCCCACCCCUGCUCAAAAAACAAAAUAUUUUGUUUUUGUUUUUGUUUCCAUUUCUAAAAUGAAAGUGCUUUCAGCUCUCUUGCUCACUCUCCCCCCCCCCCCUCGAGUCACCAUUCCAGGUUGUGAGUGCUGCAGAACUGCCAUGCAAUUCCCAGUGGUUGCAAUUUGACUUCUGCCACGGUCAGGGAAAUGGAAGGCAAAACUUAAACCACAAUAAAUUCAGUUAAAUACAGGAAAAGUUGCCCAUCUCUGGUGUACUGGUACAUGGGAACCCCUAAGGAAGAGCAUUAAAAUCGUGCUCAGAAAUGCCAUAGUAAUCUUGCGCAUGAGCCAAAACUGUUGGGUUUUCACACCUUGGCCUCCUAAACAUAAUAACGCCGGCUGUUCCUCUUCCCCUAAGCAGGGCCUCUUCUCUGUCCGUUGCCUAGGUGCAGAGCUCUUCUGUAUGGUCGGGUGUUUUGGCUUGCCCUAAGGGGAAGCGGGUGCCAGGAGGAGAACUUUAGUGGUGUUACUGCACUUCUUUCACAAAUAGGGACCCUUUUCUUGCUGGGUAGGUGGGAAUAUUCUUAUAUUUUAUAGAAUGCACACAGCACCAACAGUGUGAAUGGUACUUUGAGUAACAGACAAAGGACAGGUCACUCAUAGGAUCAUAGAACUGUAGAAGUGAAAGGGACCCAAGGGUCAUCAUCUGAGGGAUAGCUCAGUUGGUAGAGUGUGAGACCCUCAAUCCCAGGGUUGUUGGUUUGAGCUCCACUUUGGGCAAAAAGAUUCCUUCAUUGCAGGGGGUUGGGCUAGAUGACCUUUGUGGUCCAUUCCAAGUCUACAGUUCUAUGAUUCUAUGAUCUAGUCCAACCCACUGCAAUGCAGGAAUCACAGCUAAAGAAUCCCUGACAAAUGACCAUCCAACUUCUGACUAAACACCUCCGUUGCAGGAGAGUCCACCUUCUUCCAAGGCAGUCUGUUCUACUCUAGAACAGCUCUUACCACCAGAAAGUUCUUCCUAGUGUUUAGUCAUACUCUUGUUUCUUGUCGUUUAAAUACAUUGCUUAGGGUCCCCCUCUCUGGAGUGGCAGAAAACAAGCUUGCUCCAUCUUCCAUGCCCUCGCCUGCCGUUCAGAUAUUUCAAGAUGGCUAGCCUAUCACCUCUCAGUCACUGCCCACAGCAACUUACAAUCUUAACUUCGGCUCCAGCAGGGCGACAGAAGGAGGAAAAACAGAGAGAGAGAGGAGAUGAGAAGAAUACACAUGCACUUGGGUUUACACAUACUUGGAUUUAGAUUUAGGAGGGGACUGAGUGGUUGAGGCAAAGGCUUUACAGGAACUGUGGGAUCACAGAGGUAGUCCAGCUGGAGUCUUAAGUGGCUUUUCCUUGCCCUCAUUCUCUUCUUCCCUUUCUCUUUCUUUCUUUCCUGCUUCCUUCGUUUUGGCUGCAGGGACGCCAAUCAACCGCAUCCCCAUCAUGGCAAAGCAGAUCCUCGACCUCUACAUGCUAUACAAGCUGGUGACCGACAAGGGAGGGCUGGUGGAAAUCAUCAACAAGAAGAUCUGGAGGGAGAUCACCAAAGGCCUUAACCUACCCACCUCCAUCACCAGUGCUGCAUUUACACUUCGCACCCAGUAAGUCCUGGACCUUCCACAAGCCUGUGUGAUAUCUCAGUCUAUAACUAGAUUAAGAGUUUGUGGCUGAAUUCUAAACGGUGUAGACUGGAAGCUUCUUGCAGCUACCCUAGGAAAGGAGACGGGGAACACCUGAAUCCUAGGCCCAUCACAACUUUUCCCCAUCUCAGUAAACUGAUUCAGAACCCUGAAAUUUCUACAUUCCUGCUGUUAGUUAUAAAAAAACAUACUAUUUUGCUUAGCUUCUUCUGUAUUUCGGGUUGUGCCUUCUUCCAGCAGCUGAUAGAACUGUUGAUUUACUGAAGUUAUCACCAAAUUGAAGCCUGCCAUUUCCUUCUCCCUCCACCCUUUUAAUAGCACUUCCAUAAUGCCAUUUUUUACUUACUUUUAUCUCAUUUAUUCUCACGCAGCCCCUAUGUAGUAUAACUGCAGUCAGGUGAAAUGUUCUGGCAUUAUAUCUGAAAUUUUGUCUGCUUAUGAACCAUGCUUUAAAAAGAGCUUCCAAGCUGGCCUGUCAAACCACAGUUUGUGCUAACUGUGGUUCAUUGUUAUGUUUGGAUCUGCAGAUCAUUGGCAAAUGACAGGGCACAAAGACAUGAACACAAACUUACAGGAGCGGAGUCCUGAUCAGAUGAGAACUAAACAGACAAGCAGCUCAAAUUAUGGUGGGAUUUGUUGUAACUAUGGUUAGCACAAACCAUGGUUUGGCUUGAUGUCUGAAUGAGCCCUGUGACUGGGCCUGGGCUGAGUCCAUCUCUGCUGUACCAAAUGCAGCGUUCUGUCUGGUUCUGCAUCUCCUGUUCUUUGUUUUGUUUUUCUAGGUAUAUGAAGUACCUCUACGCCUAUGAAUGUGAGAAGAAGUCCUUAAGUUCUCCCGCUGAGCUGCAGGCUGCCAUUGACGGCAACAGGCGGGAAGGCCGCCGGCCCAGCUACAGCUCCUCCUUGUUCAGCUACUCCCCUGCUGCCACGGGGACUCCUUCACUCCUGUGCCCUCCAAAGAUCCGCUUCCCCAUCGUUAGCCUCGCCUCUGGUGGCGGAACCAGCAACCCUCACCUGUCUUCAGCAGGCGCUCUCAGGAAAGGUCAGCCACUUACCUGGUUCGUCAUUUGGGUGGCCUGAAGGGCCAGGUGCUCAGGUUUAGCAGUCAGAUGGAUACAGUGGGUGAAGGGUGUGUUUGCACACACAUACAUGCACGCACGGUGUGGCUCACAGUGGCCACUUCCUCCAACAGAUGUGAGAAUUUCAGCUGGUUGUGAUUGACAUCCACCAUUUUUCGUGUUCUUGGGUCAGAGCCAUGUGAGCGAAGGCAGCAAAGUUUGUCACCUGGUCUUGGGACUGGUGUACGGAGGGGAAGGGUGGCUACCAUCUUCCUAGUUGUUCCUCAGCUGCAUUGACUGGCUCCCCUUUCCUCGUGCAUCCAGAAUAGACUUCUUUUUUCACCCCUAAAUGUGUUCUCCCUCCCUACUCUCUGCCUCAUUCCCUCUCUUCACUAUUCUUCAUCCUUUUGACUCCUUCACUUUUUAGCCGUUUCCAUCAUAACCGUGCAGUCCUUCCCUGAAUUCAUUUACACUAAACUUCUUUACUUCUGCCCCCUCUUCUUUUCUCCUAGUUUUAGCAGGUUGUCAGCUGCCUGCUCAUGAUCCCCCUGAAGCAUUUACAUUCCUGUUAGUGCAAGGAGGGGGAACAAGUGUCAUCCCUUCCCUGCCAAGUACAACCGGGGGGUGGGGAGCAUAAUUAUUAUUAUUAUUAUUAUUAUUAUUAAUUUAUUUAUACCCCUCCCAUCUGGCUGGGCUUCCCCAGCCACUAUGGGCGGCUUCCAAUAAAAUAUUAAAAAUACAAUAAAACAUCAGACACUAAAAACUUCCCUAAACAGGGCUGCCUUCAGAUGUCUUCUAAUAGUCAAAUAGUUGUUUAUUUCCUUGACAUCUGAGUCGAGGGCAUUCCACAGGGCGGGUGCCACUAUCAAGAAGACCUCUGCCUGGUUCCCUGUAACUGCUUCUCGCAGGGAGGGAACCGCCAGAAAGCCCUCUGAGUUGGACCUCAGUGUCCGGGCUGAACGAUGGGGUGGAGAUGCUCCUUCAGGUAUACUGGGCUGAGGCCAUUUAGGGCUUUAAAUGUCAGCACCAACACUUUGUGCUCGGAAAUGUACUGGGAGCCAAUGUAGGUCUUUCAAGACCGAAGUUAUGUGGUCUCGGCAACUGCUCCCAGUCACCAGUCUAGCUGCCGCAUUCUGAAUUAGUUGUAGUUUCCCGGUCACCUUCAAAGGUAGCCCCACGUAGAGCUCAUGGCAGUAGUCCAAGUGGGAGAGAACCAGAGCAUGUGCCACUCUGGCCAGACAGUAUGCGGGCAGGUAGGGUCUCAGCCUGCAUACCAGAUGGAGCUGGUAGACAGCUGCCCUGGACACAGAAUUAACCUGCACCUCCAUGGGCAGCUGUGAGUCCAAAAGGACUCCCAGGCUGCACACCUGGUCCUUCAGGGGCACAGUUACCUCAUUCAGGACCAGGGAGUCCUCCCCACCUGCUCACCUCCUGUCCCCCCAAAACAGUACUUCAGUCUUGUCAGGAUUCAACCUCAAUCUGUUAGCCUCCAUCCAUCCAUCCUCCAACUGCCUCCCGUCACUCACACAGGAUCUUCACCGCCAACACUGGUUCCGAUUUGAAAGAGGUAGAGCUGGGUAUCAUCUGCAUACUGAUGAACACCCCUGAUGAUCUCUCCCAGCGGCUUCAUAUAGAUCUUAAAAAGCAUGGGGGAGAGGACAGAACCCUGAGGUAUCCCACAAGUGAGAGCCAUGGGGUCUGAGCACUCAUCCCCCAACACCACUUUCUGGACACGGCCCAGGAGGAAUGAGCGGAACCACUGUAUAACAGUGCCCCCAGCUCCCAGGCCUCGCAUGCCCAGAAGGAUGUCAUGGUCGAUGGUAUCAAAGGCCGCUGAGAUCCAGCAGAACCAAGAAACAGCCACUGUCCAGCUGACCAGGCAGUUUCCAGUCCUAUGGUGAGGCUGCAGAAUCCCACCUGAAGGGAUCCAAUGUCCACCUCUAGGGUGUGCUUGGAGCUGUUCAGCAACUACCUCCGCCAAUCACCUUGGCUCAAGAAUGGAAGAUUUGAGACUAAAGAAUAGUUGGCCAGUCUAAGAUGUUUUUAAGAAGCGGCGUCGAGACCCUUUCAUUGGGUCUGGUCCCUCUGCAGAGGAAGUAUCCACCCCGCAGAGUCCAUCACCAGCCCUUCCUGCCUGGGCUGACAUUAGAUGGGGCAAGGAUCAAGGAGACAGGUGGUCGGUUUCACUCGAAUCCUUACCUUGCACAACUGUUUUGCUGUCAAACAGCUCUUUCCUUCAGAAAGUUCUUCUUAACAUAUAGCCAGGAUCUCCUUUCUUGUCAUUUGAAUCCAUUGAUUUGAGUCCUAUCCUCUGGGGCAGAGAGUUAUAACUGCUCUCAGCCAAUCUCAAGCAUCCUCCUCUGGGGCAGCAUACUUAGUAAGUGGUGGCUGGGCAACACUAUGCUGUGUCAGAUGAAACUGAAUUUCUGGACCUAUUUCCAAAACCACUUUAAUCGCCACAAUGGAUGACCUGUGCCAGGAGAAAAACAGGGAGCAGGACCCUACUGAUUUCUUUCAGACCACCUGGGCUCAGCUCUUCCCUGUCCCCAGAACCCCUACGGUCUCUUUCCUCAUUGGCCUAUUAUUUACAGUGGUACCUCGCAAGACGAAUGCCUCGCAGGACAAAAAACUCGCUAGACGAAAGGGUUUUUUGUUUUUUGAGCUGCUUCGCAAGACGAUUUUCCCUAUGGGCUUGCUUCGCAAGACGGAAACGUCUUGCAAGUUUGUUUCCUUUUCUUAACACCGUUAAUACAGUUGCGACUUGACUUCGAGGAGCAACUCAUAGAACAGCGGUGUGGUAGCCUUUUUUGAGGUUUUUAAAGACUUUGGUGAUUUUUGAAGCUUUUCCAAAACUUUCCCGACACCAUGCUUUGCAAGACGAAAAAAAUCGCAAGACGACAAAACUUGCGGAACGAAUUAAUUUCGUCUUGCGAGGCACCACUGUAUUUAUUUAUUUAUUUAUUUAUUUAUUUAUUUUUAAAUGAUAUUUAUUAAAGUUUCACAAAGAAAAAAUCACAUCAACAAAAAAGAAAAAUUCAAGAAUAAAAAGAAAAGUACACAAUACAAAAUACAAAAAGAAAAAACAGUUAAAAACAAUUCCAUCUUUUCAUCACUACUUUUACAUUUACUUGUUUCCCGGACCUCCUCAUACCUCCCUCUUUUGUAUUCCAAUUCAGUUUGUUAGUCCAGCAAUUCCUUUCCCUCCUUUUUAAUCCCAGUCCUUAAUCUUAAUAUAAUAUAACAUUAAAUUUUUACCUAUUAAAAACCAAUUUUCCAUUCUUUUAGCCACUGUAUUUAUUUAACAUAUAUACUGCCCUACACCCAAAGAUCACAUAAUUUUUUGAUGUCAGUGCCAGGGAUGAAGCAGUUGCUGCCUUAGAGGGGAAAGGGAAGGGCAGUGCUACUAAUAGCAUUGUCAGGAUGGUGCUUCCAGCCUUGGGCAAGUUGCCGGUUGAGCCAUGGCUCCCGCCUCAGCUUGCCUCCAGGUCCCUGAGUGGCCCGUUUGCUUUCCUAGGUGACGGCGUCCCCUUAACCGUGUCCACGCCAAACCGCAUUGCCAUGCCUGUGGCCUUGGCGAAUCAACAGGCGGCUGUGACGGCAGCAGCACGAACCGCUACCCUGGACCAGCUGAGGGAGAGGCUGGAGUCUGGGGAGCCCGCAGAGAAGGUGGCGCGGAUGACGGAGGAGGAGCAACGCUUCAUUCAGCAGGCCUUUCAGCGGAACCUCUUCAGCAUGGCCCGGCAGCUGCCCAUGAAGAUCAAGAUCAACGGCCGAGGUGAGGCCGCCCUGGCUCUGCGGCAGCCUUUGGACUUUAACUCCCAUCGGCCCCAGCGAGCGCCCAUAGUUCAAAGCAUCUGGAGAGCGUCAGGUUGGCAAAGGCUGAUGGGAGUCGUAGUCUAAAACUGGCCGCCAAAGUGGGUAGUAGCAUCCCCUGGGGGGGUGGGGUUCCCUAGGGGGCUCUGAGAGGCAAGGAGAUAGCAGGGGGGCACUGGAGGUGGUGAUUUAAAUCUCCUGCUAAGUGACCUUAAACCAGACAUUAGGAAACAGGUGUCACCAUCAAGCCAACCCAUCGCAUUAAGAGUUUGCUGAACAGUGAAGCCAUGACUAAAUAUGGUAUCUAAGACUUGUUCAGUGACUGACAGGCUUAUCUCAUAUCAAGUUCAUCAGUUAAGCUGAAUUAAUGGAACUAGCUUUAAUUGGAUGUUGAAUAAAAGUGCAAUUAAUUGCUACUGUUUUGAAUCUUAUUGUGUUAUUAUCUUCCUUAGUGGGCUGUGCAGACUGCUAUUCUGAAUAAUGCUUUUUGGAGGGGAGGGACUUGAUGCAUGAGGGAAGCCAGAUAGGUGCAACUUCUUGGUUUAAACCAGUGAUGAGCACAAACCACAGCCCUCAGACCACAUUUGGCCUCGUGGGAGUUUUUACCCCUUGAGAAUCACCCGGCUUCUCCUCCUUCUCACUCCUGACCCACUUGGAGUGGACCAGAGAGCUGAUCUGUCCCUUCCCAAUAAAGCUGGCAUGGCAAACUGUGCAAGCAAGUUUUCAGCCAGAACUCAGUUCUGGCACCUCUCAGGUGGGCGCCAUUGCCAUUCUAAGAGAACGAGGGAGGUGGUGUUGAUGCAUUCCGGCACCUCUUUUUCUAGAAAAAUAGCACUGAUGAGGUGCCUGCCAGAAGUCUCAUGAGAUGUACUGGACUUGCUUUGCCACUGAUGCGUCUUCAUCACUUCAGCCACAGAGGCAUGAGUACAGAAUGGUAGUUGGAAGGGACCCAAAGGGGUGGUGAGAACGGCAGGUCUACAGGGUCUAUCACAGUCAGCUGCAUGUUGGAGGAGGAGGAUGCUGGGGGCCAUUGCCCAGCCUCAAAGCCCACCGCCAGCUGGGAUGUGGUGUUUUCCAGAUGCAGGGAUCAGGCCUGCAUGCUGAACAGUUUCCACGCCAGAUGUGACCCUCAGUCCAAAAAAGAAAAAUCGCCAUCCCUGGUUUAAACCCCUUGUGCUUCCCGUGUCCAGUGUUUCCCCAGCUGAGCCAUUCAGGGCCCAUUGUUCCCUUCCAUUUAUUUUAAUGGUGGAUCAAGGCGUAGUGCAGAGCAAGGUGAAAUCUCUACCAGUUGACCAACUAUGUUACAACUAUCAGGUCUGGGGAGGUGUGUGUGUGUGUGUGUGUGAGAGAGAGAGAGAGAGAGAGAGAGAGAGAGAGAGAGAAAUGCCCAAGCCGGGUCUGUAGUGGGAUGAGCAUAACACAACUCACACUAUUCUUUUCUCCUCCCCCACCAGAGGAUAAAUCAGAUUCAGCAGCGACAUCAGCAGCACUGAACUGGACCCCCUCUGGCUUUGGAAGCAUUAAUAUGUCUGUGGAAAUCAAUGGCACAAUCUAUGCUGGUGAGAGAGAAAGAGUCCACUUCUGAAAUGGGGCAAGGGAUUGAAGCAGGUGGAUCCCUUGGAAUCAGCCGCCCAAUAUUUGGAAUAAUCCAGCUUCAGACUGAGCAUUCUGCCAAGCUGCGGAAUGGCUGGUCUCUGGAGAAAAAUUCAGAACAAUCCUCUGAUCACACACACACACGGCUAUUGAUAUGCCAUUGCCGCUCUGAGGAAGCCAGAGCAGAGACGGGCACAAAUGUCGGUGGCUUUAAAAGAGGAGAGGGCUAUCGAUGGCUCCUAGCCAGGUUGGCUAUGCUUCUGUCUCCACAGAUGGAUGCAGCAAUGCUUCUGAGUACCAGUUGUUGGGAACCACAGGAGGGUAGAGGGCUUUUGUGCUUGGAUCCUGAUUGCUCGUUUCUCACAGGCAUCAGGAAGGCCACAGUGAGAACAGGAAGCUGGACUAGAUGGGUCCCCUUUGGCCUGAUCCAGCAGAGCUCUUUUUGCAUUCUUAUGUUAUCCUUGGCCUGCUAAUCUUCCUCCCUUCUCUCUGCCCCGCAGGGGUCUUGUUUGCCCAGAAACCUGUCGUCCACCUCAUUGCCGGAUCCAGCACGCAGAGCACCGGCGGCGGCAGCAGCAGUUCCUCCCACUGUUCUCCCAGCCCGACCUCCUCCAGGGGCACACCUGGUGUAGAGCCCUCAACCAGCUGGUCUCUCUGAGGGGGAAGCAGGGAGGAGGUGCUCUCUCUCUCCCUGGCCCCAAGCGGUCCUGCCGGUGACCUCGCCUCGAGGAGCCCGCUUAGAAGACCAGCCAGUGGCAGAGAAGCAAAGAUCCUGUGCUGGCAAGGAUCCUGCCGAGGUGGUCUCUUGCUGCCCAUCUCACCUUUCUUCAGGUCUUGCUGUGUCCUCGGUGGGAAAAGGAGGGCAAGGGGGCGGGGGUGGGGGGCGGGAGGGGACACAGGGCGUGUUUCAAUCAGGGAUUCUCUGGACGGGCUGUGUGAGUUUUUGUAGAUGACUGAGCAUCGCCACUGUAGCAAAAGGCGAAGGCAAGAAACCCAUUUUUCCAUGCUUCAAACGACUUUCCCCCCCUAACGUGACUGCAGUGUAUUGACAAUCCUACCCCCCCAGAGGCAGGGGGGGAACAUAGCUCUCUCCUCUCAUAUACCACCCCCACAUCCUUUAAUUCCUCUCUCCAGCUUGCUUUUACACACAGAGAGACACAAACCCACAUUUGAUCCCUCUGUGUGUUAAUGUGCAGGUCUUGCUGGGUCUCUUUCCUCUUCCCAGUUAGCCAGCCUUGACUCAAAGAGCCAGUGCAUCUCCUGCCUCCCUCUCUCCUUCUGGCCUUAGGUUUGGCCUGCUAGCUUCCUCUGGAGGAGUCUGACAGCAUGGAAGUUCCCUUUCGUGCUGCUUCUGCACGCUCCAGCCCUGGGAGGCUGGACAGGUCUCUGGAGGAAUCUGCACCAGCUGCCCUUCGCAGCUUUGCCCAGCCUUCCCUGCAGAACUGGGGCUCAGGCGCCAGCAUUGGCAGGUUCUUCCACAGUCUCACUCCUAUCCAGCCUCCCCAUGAGGUCAAGUUGUGCAAUUCUGUUUCUCCAUUCUUUCUGCCUCAGGGGCAGGUGGGGAUGCAUGGAAUUUUUAAAUUUUAUUUUAAAAACUCUACCAGUCAGAAAGCUAAAGGUGAAAGUGGUUAGGGGGUCAUCUAGGUCAGGCACAUUUUAUGCUCCACCCACCCUUGCUUCCCUGUCCUCCCCCAAAUGUAACUGGGAUUGGGCACCUUGAUGCUGAAAGAACAAAGCUGUUCUUGCAUUGCUGCUGCCUGUGUCCACUCACUUAACACUUGCCGAGAAUCCUCUGCGAUCCCAGCCUAUCAAAGGGGGGUUGGCUGCUUCCUUGUGCAUUGGUGGGGCCAGCCCUAAUUGACUGCCCCACAGCCCUAGAACAACCAGGGGCUUCUGAGCACCUUCCCCCACAUCUUCCCUUCUAAAAUCUUGAUGAGGGAGCCAUGUGUUGUUCCUCAGGACAGAUGAACUCCUCAAUUGCUUCCCCCUCCACACUUGUGCACACACUUCGCACUUCCGUGUACCUCCCCCCUUGAACGUCUGCCUGUUUCUGCUUCCUCCUUGUAGCAGAAGCCCGCUGCCUGCCUGUGCCCCGGCAGCCCCCACCUCCUUGCCAACAGGGAUCCGCCCUCCCUCUCCUACCCUGACGAGUCUCAGUCAUGCUACAGAUCUGCAUCAGCUUCUCCUGAGCAGAUGAAAUACCUCAAAAAUAUGUACUUAUUGCUGUGUUGUUGUUGGGUUGUUUUUUUCUCUUUCUCUCUUCUGGAAGGAUUUGCAUAUGUUAAAGCUUCUUUUUAUAUGUCUUGUUGACUGCUUUUUAUUUUAAAUUUUAUAUAUUGUAGCACCAAAGACACACCAAAAAAAGGAGCCCCCUGAGUUGA